ACUGGACUAUCCUGAUUAAAAUCGGGAAUAAUGUUAUUCCAUUCUGUCACAGUCACUUCUAAAAUGUCCACCAAAUAACUCCUCAUGGAAUAAAAUUGAAUGGGGUUACAUUCAAUCAGCGUUUUUUCGUUAUUAUAAGCGACAGACUUCAUGAUGGUUCUGUUUCCAUCAAUGCUUUUGGUUAAAUUGCAAGACAAAAACAGAGGGCGUAAAUUGUCUGUUCCAUGAGAUUUAGGAAGUGUGGAAGCUCUCUUGUCCCCCGUACUGGUAGUCGUUGUUUCGGUGGUUGUGUGAGAAGAGGGAAUGAUCGGGUGAUUAUCAUACACAUCUGGUACCUGUUCUACAUGACCAUCCACACCAUACAGCACCAAAAAAGUGUUGUCUUUUAAUUCACCUGAAUAUUUCGGUGACAGUGGAAACCCUAUUUCAAAGUUGAUGCUUAAUGUUGCAUUGCUACUUGAAGUUUUAGUGAAUUGAAUAGUCAAUGUGUGGUAAUAAAUCAAAUGGGUUUUGUUUUGCUCAUGAGUAUGUUUUUCAGCCCACAAAUGAUGAACUUGUAAACCCGUUCCUUCCGCUGAAAAUUUAGAACGGUUAAACAGCCACUCAUCCUUUUGGUACCACUCUAAUGCCACCGUAUAAGUUUUGUUGCGAGCUAAGGAGCUCAUAUCAAUUCCCAGUUCCCCAGCGUAAUCUCCGUGAGAUGCACCAUCCACAAUUUUUACUCCUCUUAACAAAGUCACACUCAGAGUCCUGGGUUUCCAAUAAUGGGGAGAUACAGGUAGAUCUACAAACUUAUCGUUCAAGGCGAGUCCAAGAUCCAUAUUCCAUAAUGUAAGGUUAGUCAUCCAGGGUUUGAACACAUUGAAAACUGUUUUUGGGGUUUCAUAGGGUCGAUGAAUCGCUCUGUCAAAGGCUUCAUUUAAAUUCACAAAGCGCCAACUAAACGUGGAGAAAAGAUACAGCAAUCCGUCUACUACAUGAAUGGGUUGAGUAAAAGUAAAUUUUGCAUUGAGACAGGUCGCGGGAUCUGGUUUUACACUAGUAGUACCGUAUGGAAGCUCCAUGAGUAAAUUCGGUCCCACUGCAAACACAUUGGUAGUUGUUUCUACAACCCAACCCAUUUGUUUAGCCAAGAUCAAAUUAAUGGCUAAAUAAGGCACACUUUUUCUGUUGGUACUUGCAACAUUGUAAUGCCGAAGCAACCAACUCGUGUAAUUAUCUUGAGCAGAAACAUCUAUUCUCCAAUUAUCACUACUAUCUGCAAAUUCAUACCCCGUGGGUAAUUUUUUGUUUGAAUCCUGUUCCAUCCACCAAAAAACUUUGGACUAAAAAUCAAAUCCAUUGGAGGCAUCUUGCAAAUGUGCUGUUUUAAGUUGGGACAAAAAUUCUUGAGAUUGACUAGAUUUGAAAGCUUUGGCAUAUUGUUGAAAUAAAAUAUCGGUAUCGCUCGCUUUGUACAGGUUGUGAAUCGAGCGAAUACCGAAAGGUUUGGUAGGAUUUGUGUCAUGAUGUUUCGUCAGAGAGGAACUGACAUGGGAUGUGACAACAUGGGGAAUGGGAUUGGAAACGCCAGGUAAAAACACACUUGCCAAACCCACUUUCCAUUUGCCCGGUAACCAUAAGCUUUGAGGCAAACGGUAUUGAAAUUGUGUGGGUAAAUUGUCUGAAAUUCCUGUGUUUUUUGACUAGUCAGCGUCACAUAAGACGAGUUGUCAUUUGGCUGAGUCAUGUUGUUAAAUAAUGAAAUGAGGUAAUUUAUCUCUUUUAUAGUCUGCCCCAACAUGCUCAAGUCUCAAGGGUGUGAUUAGUGCGAGUUCGUGACAGGAGUGACGUCAUUGCCCAGACAUGUCCAAUUCCCUAAGGUAUUUUAAGUAAGUAUAAAUUUGUGUGUUUGAUGUGAUUUUGCUGUAUGUGUUAUCUGCAAGAACCGAAGUUUGACAUGGAUAACUCUGUUCCUCCCAAGAAAGAAAAGAAAUCCAGAAAAGCCAAAAAUAAGACGGGAGAAGAAGUGGUUCAAUCAGUUCUGAAAACUCCAGAACCUCAAAUGAUUGUCAAUGAAGAACUUCCUUCCUAUGAGGAAAUGCAGCAGGCCUGCCGAGAUCUGUUCAAUGGUCCGAGUUCUAUGGAAACACAGCCUGACCUAGAUCCCGUGCAUAUCAUGGAAGAAGGAGUCGCUGUGUUACCAGAUGGUCGACAAGUGGAAUGGUGGCCUAUAGAAGGGGAAUUCGAUGUGCCUAAUUUAGAUGAAGUUUCUUUGCAAGAAUAUCUGUUGGAUGCGAGCAAGCCUUUGCAUACCAACUUUGUCCUGCCUGAAAAAGGCCUUGCCAUUUGUUAUACAUGUCCCGUGUAUUUUGGCAAUGCAGACAGCAAGCAGACAGUGUUGGAUACCAUUUGUAACAGCAUUCAUCCCAAAAUCUACGAGCAAUGGGGAACCUUUAGCUGUCAUUGUGGAUUAGUGCCUAGACUCAAGCUGAGUCAAACACCAAGAAAUCCAAACAAAGUGUUCCUAAGCUGUCCUAAGACCAGAGAAGCCAGGUGUAAUUACUUUCAGUGGAUUCACCAAGCACCUAAACCUGUGAAGAUCCCUAAAGCUUUUACACCCUCAGCUCUCAAGAAACGAAUGCACGAGAUGGUACAAGAAAGAUUACAGAAACGACCAAAAGUAGAGGCAGGAGGAUUUAAAUUUCCCUAAAAACACUUUGUUCUUGUUGUUGUAAAAAGUUUGUUGUUUAAAAUUAAACAAUGUGAUCUCAGUCAAGCGUGUGUUUAUUUGUCUAACACCCUUGGGGAUUCUUGCCCGAUCUUGCCCAAUACCCUAGGGACCUUAGGAGUCUUAUAAAAUUGGGGCAAUCUCUGGUCAAAUCACAAACUCUGCUACCAUGGCUUGUGAAAUGAGUAGAGAAGAAGAUCUUGAAAUGAUGAACGUAGAUUUUGGCGGUCCUGACGGUCCUUUAAACAUUCAAUUUUUGCUUUCUAUUUUUGACGAAAAGAAACUCUGCCCAAGAUUUUAUGGAAAAGAAUUGGACAAACUGAAAGUGUAUGAUUCCUUAAAGAAAGACAUGCAUGCAGAAGUAAAAACCAAAUGGGGAGAAUUGAAAUGUCAUUGCUCACGAAUUCCUAUCCUUCGUCUUAGUAAGACCGCCAGAAACCUGAACAAAGUCUUUUUAACCUGUGGAACACCCGCUUUAGCUAAGACACGCUGCAAAUAUUUUCAGUGGAUUCACACACCACUGUUUAUCGAUAAGAGACCCAUCCAUAAACUCAAGUAUGCGACAAACCUGAGCAGAGCAGAAUGGAAGCAACAAGCGGAAGCGAAUGUUGAAACGUGGAAACAGCGCAAUGGUUGGUACAGCAAACAAGAUGCCGAAACUCAAACAGAGCAGAAACAGCAACCUUCAUGGAUUGCCGAAGCAGCCAAAAAGUUUGCUGAAUCAGCCAAAAAGCAAGGAGAACAAAGAAAACUGCAAACAAAAAAUCCUUGGAAGAGCAACCCUCUGCCAAACACCUUUGAGUCAAGUCCCGAGAUAGAGAAGGAACUGAGAAAAACAAAAGCAGUGGAAGGAGGCUGUUAGUAUUGCUAACCAUCGGUUUAAUUCUCGUGUGAAAGGAUAGUCUCAUCUCCCUCCCGCUGAUGCAAAUGUAGCUGAGUAUCUAACAAAACAAAAAAGCAAAGGCCAUUCUCUCUCACCUGCGGAUGAAAAGUUCUUAAAUGCCUGCAUAGCAAGCAAACAGGAUGAGUGGAAACCUCCCCCUGGAGCUGAAAAGUAUGAAAAGAACGAAGUAGCCAUCGCCAAAGCAGUGUAUGAAGACUGGUCUUUUGGUUCUUUGCCUGAAAAAGUCUGCAGUUUGGCUUCCUAUUGUCGCAACAAAAAGCAGAGGGAUUGUCUUUAACACCCGUGGAGGAACGUUUUUUUGCUCAAUUAGUGAAUGUAUGUAUCCCGGAAGAAACAGACAAGGAAAAACAAGAAAGAGAAAAGAGAUUUUUUCAAGAAUGUGAUGCAAACAAUGCUGAGAGAAGAAAAUGUGGAUUGCCUCCUUAUUCCUAUGAAACCUUUAGAACCUUUGGUACUGGUAUUUUUUUAGUUUCUCUUUAAAAAAUGUGUAGCAUAAAAACAAGCAAAUUUUAAAUAAAAGUGUUGAAAAGAAAUGUUAUGUGGUUGUUUUCUGGUUAGGGUUAAACCCUAGCCCCUUGGGAUUAGGGUUAGGGUUAGGGUUAGGGUUAAACUCUAGCCCCUUGCGAUUAGGGUUAGGGUUAAAAUGUUAAUUAGGUUAGGGUUAAACCCUAGCCCUUGAGAAUUAAACAUGUUCAAACAGGGGGAAUGAAAUGUGUUCUAAAAAUAGAAUAUAAAGACGUAUAAAAAUCGAUCAUUUCUUUUGAAAAGUACUCAUUCAGUCACGGGAAACCUUUAGUAUAAAAGUACGGUGUGGAUUUGUCGUCGUUUGUUAAACGACCUAUGUUCUGAAGACACUUGUCCUCCUAUCCCAAUGUUUCAAUGGAUGAUAAAUCAUAACCAUACAACCUGGGGACAUUAUGCAGUGUACAUCACUUGGCUGCAUCGACACCAUCCAUCCGAAGGAAUCAAGGUGUUUGACUAUUUAAAGAAACAUCAUGCCAACAACAUGUACUCAUUUUGGUAUUUAGCAAGUCGCCCUUUAGUGUACUAUGUCAACGAAAUUAUCCGCUUCGUAUGUCGAUCCUACCGAGCCUGGAUCACUGGGAGGUGUUGCCAAAUUUGCCAAAGCACACAAGAUUCCCGUGUCCAAAGCCAAGAAGGAACUGCAACAAGUACUGAGUUACACUCUGCACAAACCAAGACGUCGGCGGUUUAAAACAUUACCCACCCUGGUGUUUAACAUCAACGAACAAUUUGUGAUGGACUUGGUAGACAUGCAAAAACUAGCCAAAUACAACAAAGGGUACAAAUAUUUACUGACGGUGAUUGAUGUGCUCUCAAAAUUUGCCUGGGUAGAGCCGUUAAAGAGUAAAAGCGCAACAGCGAUGGUAGAAGCCUUACAAAGACUAUGGGCAAGAUUAGGAGAUCGUUUACCUCAAAAAGUACAGACGGAUUCUGACGGUGAAUUUUAUAAUGUUAAAGUGCAAUCCUUUUUUAAAAAACAGGGUGUGAAUCAUUUUUCUACGCAUGGAGAUCCUCACGGUUCCGUAGUGGAACGUUGGAAUCGAACUUUGAAAACGAACAUGUUUCGCUAUUUUACUGCGCAUAAUACGCUCAAGUAUAUUGAUGUGUUGCCUGCUUUAGUGAAAGCAUAUAAUCAUUCCUAUCAUCGUAGUAUUCAAGAAAAACCUGUCAAUGUCAACGAGUGCAACGAAACCGAAAUUUGGUAUCGUUUAUACGAUACGAAAAAAGACAACAAAGUGAAAAAACCGCAAUGUCAAGUAGGUGAUAAAGUAAGACUCAAUAAAGAAAUUUCGUCCUUUUAAAAAAGGGUAUUUGCCUGGGUGGACCGAAGAAGUGUUUUUAGUGAAACAAAUCUAUACGACAAAACCAGUGGUAACGUAUAAACUCACGGAAUGGGACGGGUCUCCUAUAAAAGGAACGUUUUAUGAACCAGAUCUGCAAAAGGUCAAUGUCGCAGACGAUUCAUUAUUUCGUAUUGAUCAAGUUUUAAAACGCAAAGGAAAACAAGUCUUUGUGUCUUGGAAGGGUUGGCCGAAAAAAUAUAACUCUUGGGUGUGGAAAAAAGAUUUGCAAGUGUUAUGAAGAGUUUUCGAUUAACCUUAAUCAGCGAUCCCACGGACGAACAUCCCCAAAACCAAAAUAAUAAUUUUAAAGUGCGUUUACCGGUGCGACUCAAUUUAGAAGGCAAUACCUGGCAAGCCAGUUUGUGGAGUGUCUCGGUCCCUGAUGUAGGACAUAGUUCUGCGGUCAUUCACAGUAAUAGUGACACCAAGAUACUCAACUAUGGCUACACCUUGACCAAGCGUCAUGCUGUGGCCAGUGAUUGGUUUAUUAACUUUGAGCCCAAAGACAAAACUGUGACUUUGAAAGAUGUCAUGGGUAGUUCGUAUCCUGUCUAUUCAGGUCAUCAAUUAUGGCAGAAUAUUAUGACCAAUAUGGAACAAACCAUCAUGGAAGAUGUAAAGUCAACCUUCGACACUUGGAAAACAACCAAAGGUAAUACAGGCACUGUUUCCCUGAAAUCUACUUGGAAACCCACCUUUGAAUGGAACUAAAACACCCUCGUGUUGAAAAAAGUAUCCCGUGAAGAUGCGUUUGCUCGUGACAGACAGCUAAAAAUUCACCCCCUUUCCUCUGUAGGGAUACAUGUGGAUUUUGCGGAAAAGUUUGGUUUAUUGUUCAAAGACAAAAACAACUAAUACCAAUUAGGACCCAAUUUAGACUUUGUCUUACCCACAACCACUUAUACGACAUCCACUCCACCCGUCAAAAGCAAUGGUAAGUAUCAAUGGCUAGGAGAGCAUUUUGUGAGCAUUAGUCCAUCAAAUUUAUUAGGAGGAAACUCGUUAUUCAAAGUCAAACAAGAGAAUGGUCAAUCGUAUCUGUAUCUCACGCGUACUGUGGAUUGGCAUUUUCAAAAUCUGAAUGUCCUGUUUAAUACGCAUGUGGGAACCGUAAAACAAACGGUCAUGAUUUAUUGCGAUGCUGUAGAAUCCACCAUUGUAGGAUCACAACGACAUUCGCUGUUAAGAAAAGUGGAAUUAGAUAGAAAGAAAAGGAGAAGGGAGAGCGACCAUGGAACCUUACCAUCGUGAAUGGAUUCGAGUUCGAAAUCAACACAUUGAAAGCAUUGAAGUGUCGUUGGCUACACCAGAUGGUUCCUUGUUGGUCUUAUCCCCAGGCAAAACCAUCAUUACCCUUGGUUUUCAACAAGUAUAAAAGAGACCCUGUAUUAUGGAAACAUCACAACUACAGCAAACAACAUGUUGGGAGGAUCACUGACGCGUUAUCAUACCCCCACUAUGCACGGGAGUGGUUUUAUGCAAGAAUUGGUAAAAUUAGCGGGACCAAGUGUAGUCAGCCUCCGAAGCCUUAAAAGGUUCAGGAGAAGUUUUAAAAAGAGGACUCAAACGUAAAAUACCAGCGGCUAUUGGUCUGGCUGUGAAAAGCAAAGCCAAACAAAGCUAUAAAAAAGAAACGACAGCACGUGAAAGACAUUUUAGGGGUGUAAACCAUGAGACAAGGACAGAAAUCACAAUCUCGCAUAAGACAUCAACGACCUGUAGGUCGUUACCAUUCACCUUAUCAACGGGGAGGCACUAUUUUUCGAGAUCCUCCCAACCCAUGGGGAUUCACUAAUUAUAAACGGUAUGAAAUAGAUCCAUGGAUUCUCAGAAGAAUAAGAAAACAAAAAGGAGGGAAAAUGCAUCCAGUUAUCUACCCUUGGAAAAACAAAGAACGGAAACGUAUAAAUAGACGACGCAAACGGCGUUAAGUUAUCAGUCCGUCAACAUGUCGCUGAAUCUGUUUGACAUUCCCGACAUUGACUAUAGCUAUGAAGCCAAACGGUGGAUUCCUUUCAAACCAGCUUAUACUGGAACACGACCUAUUCUUUUUACUGUACCAGCAGGGGAUGAUUAUUAUGAUUUAAAUGAAACAAAGCUAGAAAUCAAAGUGCGACUGAACACUGCAGGGACACAAGGUAUUUCUAGUGCAGAGGGCGCGCCUUCGGAUGCUAAUAAUACCAAAUUUGUCUAUUGCGUCAACAAUUUUGGUCAUUCUCUCUUUAAUCAAAUGAAUGUGUCUUUCAAUGGAGUGUUGAUGACAGAACAAAGCAAUGCCUAUCACCAGAAAGCUUACCUAGAAACCCUACAGAAUUUUAAUCGUCAAGAAGGAGAAACGACUUUGGCUGCUCAAGGAUGGGUGAAUGAGCAUAAUGUCAAGGAAGAAUUAACUCCUACCAAUGCGGCCAAUGAUGAUGAACCUAACCCAGCAGCAUGGAGUGGAAAAACAGGCUUGAAAGCACUCACCAGUCGCUUACUCGGCAAAGCGUAUCAUACCUUUAUCAUCAAACCUCACAUCGUGGUGUUCCGAACAGGCAAAUGUUUGGUACCUAAUGUACAGAUUGAUUUGGAAUUGUAUUUGAAUGACAGCAACAUGUUUCUGUUUGGUACCCCAGACACAACUACGACAGUCAACAAAAAAGAUUCCAACACUGGGAGACAAUGAUUUGUUUGUCACACUCUGGAUGAAAAAAAUCACGCUCAGUCCCUCUGUGUAUAACAAGCUACAAAAAGAAAGAAGUUUGAGUAAAACCCAAAAAGUCCGCUACCCUGUAGUUCGAAGUGAAAUCCGAACGUAUUCCUUCGAUGGAAACAGCACUCGUUGGUCUCAGGACAAUGUCUUCUUGAACAAGGUUCCCGUCUAAGUCAUUAUCGGACUCAUGAAUUCCACUAAUUACAAUGGAAGUCUGAAGUAUUACCCUUAUGCCUAUGAAAAGUUUGGCGUCACCAGAGUUCGACAACGAAUUGAUGGAGAAGAAUACCCUUACAGAGCCUUGGAACUAACAGGCAAUUCCACAGGAGAAGAUUUAGUAGGCUAUGAUCGCUUCCUCACAGCGUCAGGCGCUUACAAGCACCACAGGGUACCUAUGCUGCUCCCAAGCGACUGGGGACAACGCAACAAUUGUACCUUGUUCAUGUUUAACAAUGCUCCUGGGGAUGCGGAUGAUCCUAGCUACAGAAAUCCUAAACUCACAGGGAAUGUCAGUUAUGAAAUUGACUUCAGAGCCAAUGUUGGUCACAAUGUGACCGUGGUCAUUUGGAGUGAGUAUGAAAAUGUCUAUGAAAUAGACCAGUGGGGAGGCAUUCUUUAUUCCAUUAACAGCUAGAAUGGAGUUCGUACCUCUCAGUGAUACAGUCCUCCGUUACUUGGCAAAAGACGAUCGCGAAUUACGGCCCUAUUUUCGUGGUGUGUUUCCAGCAGACCAAGUACCUUUGGUGUUUAAAAAACGAGUGAAUGCUUUUAUUGUCAACACUGAUCCCGCAAGUCAGCCGGGUGAACAUUGGUUAGCCCUUUGGACCGAAGGAACUACAUGUGAAGUCUUUGACAGUUAUGGGUUACCUCUUUCUACCUACAAAAAUCCUACCUUACAAGCUUGGCUGAGCCAGUUGAAAGAAAUCAUUAGCAGUGAUCAGACUUUACAAGCCAUGGAUAGUUUUACGUGUGGGCAUUAUGCCCUUUUCUUUUUAAAAGCAAAAGCAAGACAUGCCUCUUUUCAAGAUUUUUUAGCCCAGUGGCAUUCUAAUAAUUUAGUGUUAAAUGAUAAGCGAGUCGCAGACCAACUGCAACGUCUUAUUAAAACAGAGCUAACCGAGUAUGAACAAUCUAAUGUAAACCGUUCUUCUUUUUUCAUUCAUGAAAACAAUUGUGUGUGUUACUUUUGACUGUGUCAUUUUUAUCAUGAUAUUAUGGGGGGAUGUUCAAAAAGUGCUCCAUGCACUGUUAGAAAAAGAAUGGUCUUAUUGGAAAGAUCACAAACAAGAAUGGAUCAAACUCUGUCUGGAUCCAGCAGAUCUGUGGGAUGGGUAUCAUUGGCAAUUUGUACGAUGUUUAGUGCAGGCUCAGUUGUGGUGGGACUUAAAAAAUCAUAUAAAAGGAAUAGGUGAAACCCAUUUGAAAGAUCAGAUACUUCUACUCAUUCAGUUGAACUUACCGCGAUUGUAUCAACAACUAUGGCCCGAAAGCGAAAGCAACGAGUAAAAAAACGAAAAGGUCAAAAAGGGGGUGCACGAUUUAGGCGAAAACCCCGUUUGGUAGAUAAAAUAGCCGAGGGAGUUGCCAUGGGGCUGUCUGGUCCUUCUCCUAAUUUUAUCUAAUUAGGGGCCUUUUUAGGGAAACAAGCGUUGAAAGGUAUAAAAGAUAACGUCCGUCAUUAUCAAAGAGGCAAAGGACUCGGCACAGUCUUAUCCACUGCAGCCAAAAUUGGGUAUAAAUUGGGCAAGGACAAACGCUAUAAACGUAUGGGUGCAGUAGGAGCAACAGGACAUUACACUCAUUUUCGUAAGCCGUGGGGAACAUGAUUCGACAACCUGCUAGCGUGAUUGUAGCGGGGCCCUCAGGUAGUGGGAAAAGUGAAUUAGUGGAAAAAUUACUCAAAGAAAAAACAUUGUUUGACCCUCCUCCGAAAAAAAUAGUGUAUUGUUAUGACCGAUGGCAACCCCGAAUUGAUCGCAUGAAAAAACAUAUUAUGUUUUACAAAGGACUUCCUUCUGAAGGGGCUCUCGUAAAAUGGUUUAAACCAGAGCAUCAUGGCAUACUCAUUUUGGAUGAUUUAAUGGAAGAAUCAGGGAGUGGUAAACGGGUGUUGGAUUUAUUUACAAAAGAUUCUCACCAUCGAGGCAUUACCGCUCUUUAUAUUACACAAGAUCUCUUUCCCCCAGGCAAGCUUGCGAAAACGAUUAACCGCAAUGCACACUAUGUGAUUUGUUUUAAAUCACCCAGGGAUAAGACAGGUAUUCGACAUUUACUGCUUCAAGUGUACCCUGAAAAAUGGCGUCAAGUACUCAAAUUGUUUUUAAAGCUGACCUCCCAUCCUUUUGGGUAUUUUAUGUUGGAUUUACAUCCUGCCUCCGAUGACUGUUUUCGCAUUUGGAGUCAUUUAACCAAAGAAGAGGGAGCUACGCGUGUUCAUACCUUUGACGAAGAUAUAAAUAGCCGUUCACUCUCAAACAAACGCAAAUUUAAACAUGAAACGAAAAGGACAACCAAAAAGAAGAAAAGGUAAACCAGGGGUAGGAAGGCAACGAGGCGGGAUUGCUCCCAUGUUAGCCGCAGCGAUUCCAGCUUUAGCGGCUGGAGGAAAAGCGGUUGCGUUAGGAGGUUUAAGUGCAUUAACAAAAUUUGGUACUAGGAAAGCAAUCCAAGCGUUAGAGAAAAAGAAGUGUAAAAGGAAGAGACGUCAACGAACAUAAAGAAAGAAAUAAACAUGACAGGGCGUAUGACCAGACAGAGUCAUUUUUUAAACGAUGUGUUAAAAGAAGCUAACCAAAAUAAGCGGCAACAAAAAUUGCGGUAUGCGAAUGCAGAUCAAAUUAAUGCCGUGAGUGAGUUAGUGAUGAACACAUUGCGUGGGAGUGUUAAACCUGGGAGAAAAACAGUGAGCCGUUUAAAACCCUAUCGUCAAUCUCUCCGACUCAUUGCCAACCCUCGUCAGAGUAUAAAAAAGCGCAAACGUUUGAUGAGUACUCAGAUUGGCGCUGGCGCGUGGAAAGAAUUACAUCGCUGUUAUCACUGUGCUAAAAGGCAAUAUCAGUCAUGAAACGUAAAGUGUUACAACAACUUCUUUGUCUAUUAGACUAUUUGCUUCUACUAGCACAAAUGAUCAAAGAGUUUCGACAAAAAGUCAAAGAGAGAUACAAACCUAUAUAACAAGACAAGGCUUAACUCUUAUUUUCAUUCGCAAGCAUGGCGGUAUUUCCUCCACACCGAUUGAAAACCCAGUGCAAUUUUUACGUUUGCGAGAUAAAUAUAAACCUAAUCUUUUAGACGAUAGCCGUUUAACCAAAGCAGCAGGUUUAGCCGCUCAAAAAGAACUUUUGUUGGAGAGUCCUGCCCCGGAUACAUGGAAAGAACCACGUUUAAAAUCAGUCAACCGAGAAUUACAACAAUGGGUCAAGAAAAUUCGUCAACCAGGAGGAACACAAGGAAUAAGUCGCGAUGAAGACGACAGUGAUGAUGAAAAUUUAGCCGUAGGCCCGUUACAACAUUUUAUGGGAAACAUUUCAAAAAUCAGUAAGGCUAUAAAAAGGAAAACAGAACCGGUCACCCCUCAGUCAGCGUUACAAACGCCUGUGGUCAAACAAAGUCCUUCUACGAGUAAAAAACCCAAGUUAACGUUUAAGACCGGAUCCAAGGCAAAGCGGCUGUUAUCCAAAACCCCGAAAAAGACGCCUUCCUCUGGAUACAAGACUCCUAAACAGAAAAAGACUCCUUCCCCUCCUUCCCCUCUUUCCAGUGUUUCUAGUAUAGCGGAAGAAGAAGGCGUUGCUGCUAAAUCCCCUUUUCAAAGAGCUCGGGAGAGUAUUGAAAAAAAAUUUGCCGAGGCAUCAAAAAGAGCUGCUGAAAGGGCUAAAGAAAGAGCUUUAAAGAAACUCGCCCCGGCUCAGGCUGGAAACCGUUUGGGACACCAGCGAAAAGAAGAUUACAUGGCAAAGACUGGUAAAAGAAAGGUUCGCAGAAAAAGACCGCAAAAAGGAAAAAAGGGUGGUCAGCGUGGGGCUGCGUUGGAUAUUCAAAAAUUAAUUGAAAAAAACAGGCAAAGAGUUUCAUUGGCCUAAAGCAAAUUACCUUGGUCCAGGGACCCGGCUUCAACAAAGACUGAAGAGGGGUGACCGAGGCGUCAAUAGAUUAGACGAAUUAGCGAAAAUCCAUGACAUCGAUUAUUCCAAAGCGAAAAGUUUAAAGGACAAGUGGAAAGCGGACGAUAAAAUGAUACGCGCUAUUAAAAGCCUCCCAGGGAAGAAAACCAAACAAGAACGGAUCGUCAAAGCCAUUAUGCAGACAAAACGCAAACUUAAGCUGUAAUUCUGUUUGUUUUUUUAUUCACUUAAUAAAAAUUUGUUGUUACAAUUGAAUUGUGUCUUAUUCUUUCUUAAAAUGCAGUCGAAUCACGCACUGACUAUCCGAUUGAAAUUGAACUAGUGUCCCAUCCAAUUCUUUCAGGGUAGUUUCUACUUCUUCCCAAUGAUUGUCUUGUACCUCUUGAAAGGUUUCUUGAACGGGAGUAAACGCAUAGCGUUGUCUUCCUUGAGGCGCGUAGUACACUUGACCCAGUGACUGCGUGACGGUUUCUUUCUUGGCAGUCACGUUGGCGGUCACGGUAAGCGGGCGGGGGUGAAGAUUUAAGGCAUCUUUAAAACAUUGAUUGAGGUUAAUAAAACGCCAAUCGGAGAGAGUACUUAAAUGAAGCCAAUUGCCAAGUAUUUGGGUGGGUUUUCCCGUCUCCAAGGAACUGGCUCCUUUAGUGUGUUUGGGGUAGCUAUGUACCAAAUUUGGUCCCAUGCUAUCAUGUUGAUUUGUCUUAGGAUUUAUCCAGCGCAAAGAUUUGGCGAACGGUUUGUAAAUAUAAAUUAAAUUACUUGUUGUAGUGUUUGUUAAGACCAGUUCCGGAUGCACUCCUUUUUUGUCCCAGGAUAAGUUAAUCCAACGCGCUAAACUAAACUUAAAUCCGUCAUCCAAACUAGCAUGCGCUGUUUCUUCUAGUCUAUGUUUUACAGUAUUGAAAAAUUCUUCCCCUGUAUGACAUGUUUCUGCUUUCUCCCAUUCACGUAAAUCUGUUGCUUUCACAUAACCCUUUUACCACGCAUCGGAUUGUCCUGCUUUUUCAGUUUCACCCCAUAAUUCGAUUAAAUUUACGUUCGCACUUUGUAAUUCUUUGAACAAAGGCAUUUUUGGUAAAAUAACUCCAGCCACUGACACUUUCCAUCCUUCCCCGGGUAAUCUUAACUGAGGUUUGACUUUAAACUGAUUGGCCACAUUACUUGUGUAUUUUUUGGUGACAUCGCUUACGAGGGUCAAAUAAAUGUUCGACAUCUUACGAAAAGUAAUUUGACUAACCAUACCGCCCUCUAUUUAUACAAAAACAGAAACCACACCAUUCAAUUGUGUCGCGAACUUAGUUUAUUCGUCAUUUCACCUCCCUUCGAUGAAAUGUUACAAACCCUAAUUUAAUUUCAAAACAAAGCAUGCAAGGGGUUCGCGCUUCCAAGCUACUGUACCCCUAUAAAAACCGUAUACAAAAGCUAAAGCGGGUUGGCGCUACCAAGCUAACCGUGCCCGCACUAUUUACAAGUCCAUUAAAAGUUCCACUUCGGCACCGAACCAGUUUUAUCCGUACGGUGUGGAAGAACGAGUGGCAGGGUCAAUCACACGCUUAUCAAACACCAGUUGAUAAUGUUUUUUACGUUCCGUAAGCUUGAUUUUUUGGUGACUUGAUCCCUUUGGAAAAAAUCGGGAAUUGUAAUAGCCAUUCGGCGCGCUUUUUCCAAGGGCUCGUCCAAUUCCUUCAGAAUGUUUUCUUUCAUGGUCUGGUAAUUCAAGACUUGUUUCGUCUCAUAAUUCAGCGAAAACCCACGUACUUUACAUUCGACUUUACCUUUCUUGGUCAGGUACCCGUAGUUUUUCGCCCCGCCACUGCAAAAUUCCACGAUCACGUCUCCGUCAAUCUCGUCUGUGAAUUCCCCCAAAACCGAACCCAGCGGUAGCUUGUCUUGACCCCGCUUGGUUUUAUAAAUGACCGAGUCUGUAUCGUAAUACAAGACUCGAUCACCCAAAAAGUCAAGGGCAUCAUAGAGCUUUAGGCGAUCCAGCGAAGUCGUGAAGGCCGCGAUGAACACGUUUUGCUUGAACGAACGCUGGUAUUCGUCUUCCGCUUUGGUCACCACUAACUCCAUGACAUCUUCAGAGCAGAUAAGUACACUGUGAAUCUCAUUCACCGGGUCUUCUAACAGCUGGAAAAAAUGUGAGGGUUGGGUGAUACAGUGAGUCACUGGUUUGUUCUGUCGCUCACCAAAUUUUCCCCAUAAACUGAAAAAGAAAGAAAAAUUAUAAGUUUGUUAUUGUUUCCUGCGCGGUCCGCAGAUUAUAAUUUUUGAUUUCGAUCGUGCAUUUGCGUUUGCACAGUAUAAAUCAUUUCGAUAACUGAAAUUUGCAGAAAAACACUGCAAUGUAAGUUUAAAAUCUGCAGACUUUUUAGGCAUAUUUCCCAUACAUUUCCUUCUAAUUUUUGAUUUGUAGCGUGCAAUUGUGUUUGCACAGUAGUAAACAUGUCACGGAUUAAAAUUUGCAGUAAAACACGGCAAGUUAAAUUUUUAAAAUGCGCACUUUGACUGCAACUAAAUUUCUUAAGUGUGAAAAAAGAUUAGUUACCUGUUCAAAAGUAAUUUCGCAAUGCUUUUUCUGCCUGGAUUCACAGCAAUCUUUUCAGGAUCCAGCUUAAUCCCCUCGUGUUCUUCAUAUUGCUUUACGUACUCUGCUUUCUGCUCUGGGGUUUCCACACCUGCAGGCCAUCCGGCGCUCUCUUGUUUCAGCUUCAACCAGGUAUUCACUUACCCUGCGAAAAGGCCUUCGCGUCUAUUUUCUUCGGCAAAGUGCCAGACCUCAUGAAUUUUUAGGAUUUGGUACCCCUUCUCCACCGCUUUCUGUAGUUCCGGAGUACACCAAGUCCCUUUCAACAUGCGCUGUUUGCGUGUGUGACCACACAUAUUGCUUCGUUCUAGCAGGGGAUUCGCUAUCUCUUCUGCAACACAGGACCUGCAAAGAGGAAAAGUAAGUUUUCCCCCCGCCCUGACAGGUAGAACGGGCUGGAACAAGCGUUCAGGAGGCAGGAUAUUGACUUGCGCGAGACCAAAAUAACCGUUAAUGUUCUGGUUUUCUGGACGAUAGAUAAUUCGCGGCAAUCCCACAGGGUAGACACCGUACUUGUUAAUACUCGGAUACAAGCUUGUAAAAUCCACAUAGGAAAUCUCUUCGUCUCCUGCUGUUUUGGCGUACAGGGUCGCAGCGCCCGUUUGACCCCCAAAGAACGUGUCUCGCGGCUCAAGCGGUGGGACAAAUUCGAAGUUUUUAAGGAAUUCUGCGAGCUCGGGAUCGGUUUCUUUCUGUUUGGUCCAGUCACACCCCCACAUUUCAACCACGUUGUACCCUGCGUCACGGAGGAUGGCCGUUUUCUUGAGGGUUGCCUCAUAGACUUCGUCCACGGUUCGAUCUGGAUGGCAGAAACGCUUCAUGUGUCCUUGCUUUGGAUAACAAAGUCUGCAGCCGUGAAAGAUGCAACCCUGGUACUCGUAGACCGUAUUGCUGGCAGCGUGAUAGCCAUCCACGUUGUAAGAUUGGGCUGGGGUGAUGACUUUGGCUUCCCCAUUCAAUGAAUUUGGUACAUGCUGCAAAAGAGAAACAUAAUGUUAUUGUUUCCUGCGCGGUCCGCAGAUUAUAAUUUUUGAUUUCGAUCGUGCAUUUGCGUUUGCACAGUAUAAAUCAUUUCGAUAACUGAAAUUUGCAGAAAAACACUGCAAGUGUAUUUUAAAAUCUGCAGACUUCUUAGGUAUAUUUCCCAUACAUUUCCUUCUAAUUUUUGAUUUGUAGGGUGCAAAUGUGUUUGCACAGUCGAAAACAUUUCACAAAUUGAAAUUUGCAGUAAAACACUGCAACUAAUUUUUCUUAAGUGUAGACUUUGACUGCAUCUUAAAUUCUAAAAUUCUUAAUAGUUACCUGAAUACCACCACCAAUCUUGGCAUUUUCAAAUUCUAGCCACUGCAGGGCCUCCACACUCUGGUUCUGCUGGUUGUGGCGCCAUCCGCCGAGAGGUUCCAAGGAAAUCGUGUACGGCUCCAAAAACUUGGUCUGGAAAACUUUAAACGCCGUACUUGCAAUGGUGACACAUUCCACCGUAGGGUCUAUGCCAGUCAGCUCUAACAUUUCAGUGGCAAAUGUUUCCAUGGAUUCCGUUAGCGCUUGGACAUCGCUUUUCAGGUACGCAGAUAGUUCUUUUUGGCAAUCAAAGAUGGCGCCGCUGUUAACUUUUUCUUUGUGCCAAGUUAAAAAUUCCUUUCUCCGUUUUUCGUUCAUUCGUUCGGGAUGGUAUUCUUCUGCUUUUGGGUAGGGUCCAGUGUAAUUAAUCUUGUCUUCAGAAAUGUAAGAAUAAGGGAAGAAACCCUUAUGCGCUUCCUUCAAAUUAAACGUGGCCGGCAAGCGUUCCAAAGGCAUGUUAAAAAAAUUAAGAGAAUCCCGAAAAAUCACAUUACCGCACUGAAACGACAAAAAUUUCGCCCCCAUACUCAAGACCUUUUCGACUUUGUAACCCUUAUCAUACAACAACUGCAAAAUAAAAGACGAAUCAAACCCUCACAUAUUGUGAGCAAACACAAACACCUUCCGUUCUUUCAUUUCAGCCGUCACCGUUUUCGCCAUCACAUCCUCCAACAUAUCCGAUGCCUUGCCUGCUUCGCGGUAGCUCCCUUCCACAUUCACAUAUUGCCAGCCCACACGAACAUCCUCAAAAUCCUUAUUCUCAUCUAAACCACAUUCAAAAUCAAUACAACACACCAGCGGGGGCGGUUCUUCGUCCUCUUCUUCCUGACCUUUUUCCGCGGCUUCCGCUUCAACCAUGUCUUCCAGAAUCGCACGGUCUUCCUCGUUAAAAUCGGCGGCUUGGUCAAGAAGGUUGCUGAAUUCCAUUUUAAGAGGCUGAAUGUAACACUGAUGGUUCGGCAAAACUUUCUCUCGGCAGUUAGGACAUCGGUAUUCUCCGCAUACAUGCUUCUUUUUCUUCGAGUACUUGUAAACUUUACAGCACUCCGGACACUUUUUGAGUGUUUGGCACAAGCUCACUUUUUUCUUUCCUUUAGGUUCUUUGUGAGCGUUGAAACAGUUUUGUCCGUAAAACGACUGACCACAUUCAUUGCAGAAGACAAGAGCAGGCUUUCUUUCUUGAAAAUCAGGGCAUUUUCCGUUUUUUCUUCGACACUUGUUACAGUUUUGAUGAGAACAAUUAUGAUGCUCUGCAUCUUCUUGGUUGUAACCUUUGUUACAUUGGUGACAGUAAUACCCUUUGUUUAGGAGGGCUGGCACACUUCGUAAUCCGUGAAAAUGCUGUUCCACUUUAAGCAGACACAGUUUUUUAGGGGCUGAAUCAAAUGACGCGUCGCAAUACCAUAACGCCCCGCAGACUCCUUCAUAGAUUUUAAUUUGGUAGCCUUCAGGGCCAAGAUGGGCUUGCAUUCGCUGAAUUUCGGGUAACCCGCACAUUCCCUCAGGAUCCCCAGUUUCUUGAUGCAGUUUGUAGGCAAGAUGACCCUGCAGUCCUCGUCCUUGAGAAAUAUUUUUAUACUCAGGGUCUUGGUCGACAAAGGCUCUAACGGAAACCAAGGCACGCGCGAAAUACAGUUCGUCUUUGUUCUUAAUCGUGAUGACAGAUUUCUUGUUUAGUAUCUGCUCAAACGACUUGUUACCAGGCUUGUUUUUAGCUGGUCUUCUGCCACGUUGCUGCCUCUUAAAAAAAGACAGUUCGGCGUAAAAAUCCCCGCUGGAGGCAUCGAAACUUUCUGCCGAGUUCAGUUGUUUCGCCAGUCUUUCUAACCAUUGCCGCGUCAGUGGCGAUCCCUGAAUCCACUCACUCAGUGGAACUCUCGGACAGCUGGUCCACGUGUGGGUCCCUGUACUAUGGUGAAUCGCCAUGGAUAUGAAAUACUCGUCAGGAUUGACAAUUCCAUUGCGAGGAUCGCGGAUAAAAUUAAUCAAUCCUUGAUGAAAGGCUUCAGCCACCGCUUCACCUUGGUAUUCCCCAUUCGGCGGACGUAACUGUUCCAGCGAAAAUCGGACUUGCAUCUGAAUCGCCACACCGCGGUGAAAAGAGCGCGGUGCUCUCACUCGUUCCAUGUUGACAGCAAACAAGGGAUUCCCUCCUUGCUGGUCUGCUCGGCGCGCCGCGAUUAGCAGGUCACUUUCAUCCUCCGAGUCUAUUAACUCUUCCCCUUGACUAGCGGUCCAGUGUGGAAUUUCUUCCAACAAGGAAUCGAGUCCAUCCUCGAUAAGCGCGCGAAUGUAUGGAUCCAUCGUUUUCAAAACGUUUCGCAAAAAGCUCCGCUCAGUAAGACAGUAAAAACUGAAUGACGCUUACAGAGACGCAGUUUAGUUAAAUUAGCUGUGGAGCGCGUGCUUCGAAUUUCAUUAAGUCAUAAUGGACAAAGAACGUUCAAGGCUGCCCAAGGCUACCUAAUAACUUAUUUUGACUGAGUCAGCUACUUUUGUUCUUUUUCUAAUUAAUUUUUUACCACUCUAUAAUGAAUCUUUGUUCUUUUUCUAAUUAAUUUUUUAACUGACCCCUCUUUAAUGAAUCUUUGUUCUUUUUCUAAUUAAUUUUUUGGCUGAUUCAGCUAUAAUCUUUGUUCUUUUUUUCCCUGAGCGUUCAUUUGACAAUCUCAGUUCAUUCAGUUCUAAGAAAACCCCUCCCUGCCUGAGCGUUCAUUUGACAAUCUCAGUUCAUUUCUUUUUUCCCAAAGACACAAGUAAAUUACACGCAAAUUUAACUUUAUUUACAUUUUACCUUCCUUCGGUAAAACGGUACAAUCACUUUCUUAGUAAAUGCAAUGAGAGGAACGUAUUCAACCGCAAGUCGGCUAACUCCUUUUCAAAGCACUUUUUUCUUAUUUACAAACUGGAACAUAUCAGAUCCCUAAUGAAUCUGGUCCAACAAAGUUAACUUGAUAAUCUCGAAAGAACCAGGGAAAUUCUAACUUUAAGUGUGCGUAGGUUCGCUCAAAACGUUCAAUCAUUGUUUCAAUAGCAGGAAAAAAAGGAUUGUCCACAAGCUUUACAUCAUCGAUCGUUACAUUUAAAAUUGUAAUACGAAAAUCAGUGGUCUGCCUAUUGAUUUCGAUCCACUCUGUAAAAGGAUUUAGCGGCGAAAAACGGAUAUCUUGCAUCACUUUUCUAAAAAAGACCCAAAGAUUGGAUUACGUUGUGUUCAAGUGCCUGACGUCUUCUUAAAAUUCCUGUACCCCUAUAUAGCUUAAAGAUUUUGCGCCGUUCCAUUUCAAAAUUAACUCUUUCGUAACGGUCAUAUCUCAUUUGACCCGUCACAGUCAAACAAUCAACUCCAAUUCUGAGACACUGUGAACAGACUCCUUCAUGAAACGAAAGCCAUUGGGUCGAUCUACAAAAAUGACGCUUCUUGAUUUGUCGCAAACAUUUGCUAAAGAGAAGCAAAACCGUACAUAAAUUCUAAGCGUCUACGAAUUGGCGUAUAGUAAAAACGGCGAAUUAAGCGAGCCUCUUCAUUUUUAUCAACAAAUUUCUUUUGCCUUUGCAAACGUAAACCGUCUAAUGUUAACUGCGUUGUCCUAAUUCUUUUACAUUGGGAACACAUAGGAAUCUUUGCAUUCACGGGAAUCCAUUCUGUUUUAUGACAAUACAUGGCCCAUCUUCGCUGUUUCAACUGAUUCAAACAAUUUCUAAAAUAAAACAUCAACAAGCGCGUUUAAAAACACGUUUUUACAGUUCAAUCAUACAACAGUUGGUCUUCACACUUAACCAUGUGCAAUCUCUAAUCCAAAACAGGGAUUUCAGAAUAGGCCUAAAACGGAACAUGAGCUAAAGUAAAUCGUCGAUUUGUUUCCACAAUCGAUUUAAAAACGUAACAUCGCUCGGUUAAAAGUUUGAGUUUGAAAAGAAGGCUUGGAUAAAACACAAAUCUGCGUAGACAAACCUGAAAUUGACGCGGUGUUGUUCUCUAUACUUAUUUCUGUCUUCGAUGUACUGCUGGGCUUGAAGUUCUUUGGCGAUCGGAUGACAAGGCACGAGAAACGUAUCGGCCAUUAAACCCUUGUUAGGGACUGCUUCCAAGGCGAGCUGAUACAAAGUCUUCAUUUUGUGCAACGGAUAUCUUGACACUGGGAUGAGCAGAGCAAAAUGACUUUUCCAAAUUCACUCUUCCUUUAUGCUAUUCAUGUGAGAUUCACGCACAUUGGCGCGGAGACAACAAAUGUGAAGCGGCAAAAACCAAUUAACUUUUCGCCGUUCUUUUAAGUUUUUAAACCUUAGCGGCAAAAAAGUUCGCUGCUCUUUUAAGGCGGCAGAAACAAUAACCCUUUUCGCUCUUUUUCAAGUAGGACUCGUUUGUUUUGCAAUCUGUUUUAAGAUGAACCAGAAAAAAAUUUAUUUUCAACCAUGGCUUCGCCUUUUGAAACCGAGGGAACUUUCCUAACGCAAGAACAAGCAGACCAUAUUAACGAGAGGCAUGUUUUAAAACAUGAACAUGUGAGAGCGUCGAAGUUUGAGUCACAAAUUGAUUUAGUCGAUUUGUUAAAGACUGUCUCCGAACUCACCUGAGAAGAAGACAGCGAAGACGUGUCCGUCAUACACGAGGGAUGGAACGAAUAUCAUGGGCACUUCUAUUUGUUCGUGUUUAAACUAAACCGGCAAAUUGGUGCAGAUCCGGAUGGCUUUCCUGCCAAACACCUCGCUGUGUAUUAUUCUGAGAAAGUACCAGGCGAAAAAUGGCAAAUAAUCUCAGCCUACCCAUUUAACUUCGCCUACCAUAGUAAAUUUCUGAGUAGGAAGAACAGAUCCUACUAAUUGUCUUAUGACAAAACGGUUCUUUUAAGAACCACCACAUGAAUAAAAGUCAAUGACCAAUAAUAAGAAAGACUAGUUUAUUUUGUAGUAAACUUCCGUCGGGAACGGGCUUAGCGCAAAGCCUUAGUACUGACGCCAGGUAACUUUUCAAUGAGUUUAAGCUUACGGGUUCGAUUCUCUCUUUCAGGUCUUCUUUUUUCUAAGAAUUAAAAUUAGCUGACUCGACGAGUUUUCAUGCAAAUUUGAAGCAAACAUGCAGUAGCAUACGAAACCAUUCACUGGAACGCGUUUCUUAUAAAACUAUACACACGUUCUAGGAACUUUCACUUUAAAGAUGUCAACAAUUAAGGAACUUGGCUGUCAAGCAGAAUUAAAACAUCUCAAGGAUGUUAUUAAUUUUAAAGAAACACAGAUUCUCACACUACAAGAGACUAUUGAAAGGCUCAAAAGAAAAUCCAUGAAAAGACAAAAGAGAGACGCUGAGAAGAAAGCAGUCUUUAGAAAGUCUUUAAGAAAGACUCUAUGGCCGAAUGGAUGGAUCUCUGAAAACACUGUAAUAAAUUACUUUUAGAUCUUUAUUUGUCUUGGAUUCGCUUGUCGCGGCAUGGUAGCGAAAUGGUUAUCGCAUCGGGCUCAUAACCCGAAGGUACGGGGAUCAAUACCUCGCUAUGCUCUGUUUUUUCUUUCAUAGAGACUCUAUGGCGGAAUGGAUAAGGCGCCUGACUACGGGUCAGGAGAUUCCAAGUUCAAGUCCUGGUAGAGUCGAUAAAAAAAAAAAAAAAAAUUUAUACCCCCGUUUUCUUCUAACACAAAAACGUCUUAGAACGUUCUGGGCGCCAUCUUAAAUUUUUAAUUAACCACUGAGAACAAUAGCCUUGAAACAAUAGCCUGUCAGUCAAAGCCGCGGCAUCCUUUGAGUGCCCCAGUGUCCACUAUCACUACUUUUCCGGGCAUUUGGUUUGAUUUUAUUUAUCCCCAUAAUUCAAGUUUAUUCUUUGCUACUCCUCAGAUAUAUGUUGCAGCCGAUAAGAAUAAGAUUUACAGCCCUGUCCUGCUUUGAAACAAACAUUUACCAACGUGUAUUAUUACGAGGUCGUACCCACGCUAACAAAACAGUCACCGAUCGGCAAACAAAAUUUGUAAACAAACAUCUUAUUACUGUUCUCUCAGUUCGCCUUAUAUAAACCCAGAAAUACCUACAAAUAGCGCCUGACCGGUGACAAAAAUACACAGCCUAUGGGUAUAAAGAUUAUCCUUAAUUGAGCAUAAAUUUCAAUUGCUUAUCAGCAAAUGAACAAAUUCAUUCGCGUUGCAUCGGGUCAGUGUUCCGCAAAAAAUUACAAAUGUUAUCGAGUAGCACAUAUAAAGAAACUAGAUUAUAAACAGAAUAUUCAGGCAAUAAUUUAUUUUAAAAACAUCAAUUCUUAAACAUAUACGAUCGUAAAGCAAAGAUACGAGGAACAUUUCAAGUGUACCAGAUAGAUGAAGAUCGCGCGGCCUGUUGCGGUGUAACUACAGGUCGGAGUCAAAAAUCAAAUCAAAGUUGAACGAACUCACGCCUUUAACCACUUUCCAAGUGUCGUGUAUUCUUUUCGUAUGCCACACACUACUCCUAGAACCAUACCAGAUCGAUAGGCUAAGCUUCUCUAUCUCCAGAGACUCUUGAGAACGUCCUGUUGCCGGACAGCCACGAUGCUCUUCUGAACCUCGAUGAUCAAAACAUUAUUUUUUGCGUCUUCUUCAAACGUAACCAGUCAAACGACACAACCACACGCUAAUCACCAAUACCGAAGUAUAACUAGACCAGCCAAAGCGACGGAUGUCCGAAUAAAACGAAGGAUUUUCAAUGAUUGUACUGGUAAUGGCGAUUUCGAAUUUAGUGUUGACCCGACAAAUUUAUUCUGAAGAGACAAACGGCGCGCAUGCGCAUUAUCGUGAAGCAGUCCCUUUAAGGAUAAUCUUUAUACUCAUACGUUGUGUGUUUUUAUCACCGGUCAGGCGCUAUUUGUAGGUAUUUCUGGGUUUAUAUAAGGCGAACUGAGAGAACAGUAAUAAGAUGUUUGUUUACAAAUUUUGUCUGCCGAUCGGUGACUGUUUUGUUAGCGUGGGUACGACCUCGUAAAAAUACACGUUGAUAAAUGUUUGUUUCAAAGCAAGACAGGGCUGUAAAUUUCAUUCUUAUCGGCUGCAACAUAUAUCUGAGGAGUAGCAAAGAAUAAACUUGAAUUAUGGGGAUAAAUAAAAUCAAACCAAAUGCCCGGAAAUACUCUCGCGUCGCGAACAAUUAAUUUGAAUUUUGUAAAUUUACUUGCGUGCAUCUAACUCGCUUCUGAUUGGUUGAAAAACAAUCAGCUACAGUCAGAACUCACACAAGCGCAUUAUCGUGAACGAGUCCCUUUAAGAUACCGACGUGCCGUACAUCACAUGUCCUAGGAAACAUUUUAAAUAGCGCAGCGAAUCAUUCGAAGUUUCAAUCGGGUAACAAAAAGCCUCAGGAAAUUUGAAAGAAAAUCUACAAUGUGAAACCGAACCGACAGUAGAUUUGUAGCUGGACUUAUUAAUUUAUUUUUACUUAUUUAUUUAUUUUAGUCACUCACAAAACCUUAUACAACAUGAACAAAAGGUGUUCAUUAAAUUACAAAAUUAAUGUGACGAGGAAGCCCAACGAAGCUUGAAGCUUAUAUUAAUAGGCUUCCUUCAACUACCUAGUGAACUAAAUUCAUGGCUGAGUGCAGAGCGAGCAAGAUCAGAAAAUUUACGACAGAUCGGCUAUCAGUGAGAUAAUUCUUUAAAUUUUUUUAAGAAAAGAAAUAUAGAAGGAGAGCUAAUUAGUGAAACAGGCAACGAAUUCCAGAUAUUAGGUCCUCGGUAAAGGAUACUCAAUUGCUUUAUAUUUGUUCUACAAAAAUGAGGUCUAUACCAAGAGGCUAGUCGAGUUUCGUAUUGAUGGACUUGAUUACUACUUAAAAACGAGUCACGAAAGCUACUAGGCAAAAGAUUAUGGUGCUAAGAAUACAUAAAGGUAGCGACAGAAAAUCAAUUAAUACUACUAAAUAUGUCAAGGACUAAAUCAAGCUGGCUAAAUAAAGGGGCGGUAUUUCCUAGAUAGUGAGCUUUUGUUAUGAGCCGCACUAGACACUUUUGCAAAAGGUAAAUACAGUUUAGGCUGGAACAGUAGGUGGAGGACCAGGCGACAUUACAGUAUGUUAAGAAAGGAUAUACAUGGGAGUAAUACAAGGUCAUCAAAGUUUGGGAUGAUAGGUAAAAGCGGGCUUUCGCAAUAAUUCCCACACUUUUCGAAAUCUUUCUUGAGACGAAAUCAAUAUGUGAUUUCCAAGACUUAGUAAUAUUACCGAUCGCUUCCUCUGCAAAGCUGAUUUUAUUCUUUAAAAAAGAUCCCUCAUGACACUUCACACUUUUACAUAGCAGGUUCGCAAAGUCGUAAAGCCACCAGCUGAAUCUGAGAACUGACUCUCCCCCGAAACCUCAUAAAGUGUUACAUGCAUAACACCUUUUCAAGAAAAUAAUCCUUGCAACAGGAAGGGACCAAGAGAGUGUCAAACGGGGAAAAAAAGAAUUUUAUUCCUGUUGAAAGAACAAAGACUGCAAAGGAAAGCAGUUUGAUUCAAUAAAAAAGAUAUUGCGUGGUGACAAGUAUCUUAUUGAGGUAGGUCUGUGAACACAGAUACCAUAAUUUAAAUAAGGAAAAAUAAGUGCAAGGUAUAAAUUCAAAAGAAGAUGCCAUGGAAUGCAAUGCCUCAUUUUAGCAAUUAUUCCAACCGAUCUACUAAUUUUGUCACAGACAAAGUCAUUAUGAUGCUUCUAUGAUAGUGCAGAAUCAAUCAUUAUACCCAAAUAUUUAUCAAGCCCUUUAACUAUACGUAAACGGCGUUUAAACGUUACCGCUUCGGCAUAUAAAUACUAGCAUGCCUAUUUAUUUUAUUUAUUUAUUUACGUCAUUCCCCGUCAGGUGUUUUUUCCUUAAUUAAACCCUCACUUAUACCUCUGGAUAUUGGUACCCUCUUCGAAUGUAGAAUUGUAAUCAGUGACGGCAUAAGGAUAAAGGAGAAAGAAAAAAACAAAACAAAACAAUAAAACGAAAAAUAAAAAACACUGAUCUAUUAUAUAGUUUUUGUAACAUGACGUGGUGUUUUAGUUUACAUCUCACUUCCUUUAACCGAACCAGUUGCGUUGAUUCCUAGAAACAGACGUUUCCACGAAUAUCACACAAAGUCGCCCAAAUUCAAAUAUCUUUCGGCAAGUUCUUGCAGCUAAAACAAAUCCACUGCCUGAAAUUUCAGGUAGGAAACCGCUGGAUUGGAUUCAAGAGCUACGUAGUGCUGACCCGCGUAAUUUUUAGAACUUGAAAAGUAAGUCUAAAUAUCUUUUCUUAUCCACAACUUUUAUCGCCACAUUUGCUAAUAUGUUAAAAAACUUCUUAUAUAUAUAACAUCUAAAAAAUCGUUUAUUUGUUUUGCCUUGAAAGUUUGUUCCCUCGCCAUGCUUCAUAAGUGCUGAUUUCCGUUCCCCUUCAUAUUCCGCAUCACGUACUACCAAAUUCCAAUCUCCUACUUCCUCUGAAGGCUCAUGGAGUGAGUUCUCUCACGACAGGUUUCUCAAAUAUCUCUACAAAUUUUGAGCAUUACAGCAGUAUAUAUAAGGGGAAAGCGUUUUUUUCAGUUUGGUUUGGUAAACAUUUGAAUUCUUUAACUGUUAAAAUACAACCGUUGUUUAUCUCUUUCAAAUUCUCAUGAUCUCACGGUGGCGUUCCAAAUAACGUAACGCUAAUUAACGCAAACACUUACGUAGGUCAACGCAGCUUGGUCCGUCUGCUAGUUUGCACGUGACGUCACAGCGGCCGUGUUGGUGGUCAAGAACAAAAUUAUUUCUCUCCUUUGGGAAUUAGACUCUAUUUUCAUGUAAAUUCUUCGGGAAAAAGUCUUUUAAAUUGACCGCCAACGUGACCGCCUUGUCACUUGGUUGCAAACCAGGAAUAGAAUUGCUUUCAGGAGUCAGUUGGUUCGAUUUUUCAGAAAUGGAGAUAGUAUAUACUUGUGUGUUGUUAGUCAUUCUCACCCCGUGUUUUACGAUACAAGCACAGAAGCAGGAGGGUAAGAAAGAUGCACUUUCCAUAAAACUCACCAAAGCUGUACAUAAUAUUUAUCUAGUAGUAAUCGUAGAUGAUAGAGUGCGUUCUAGAUUAGACAAUAGAGUUUCAUUUGAUAAGACACUGAUGUUCAGGAAGAUGUCACAGAGUAAGGCGCGGUUCAAACGUCGAAUUUCACAUGUGCCGAAUUUAACUCGAGAGUAAAAUGCUUGUGAAGUGAAACUUUUGAAUCAAUUAAAUUGGACUGUUUAAAUUAAAUGCAACGUUUGCCGUAUCUGUGACUGAAACAGUCGAAGACUCGACUUAGGUUCGACUUUUGAUUCAAACGUCGCAUUUCACAUGUGUCGAACUUAAUGUAUGAAUUUUAGAAAAUUAUUAUUAUAUUGCUGGGAAUAUUGACAGCAAACAGAGUUAAAUUCGACAGAGUACACGUUUGAAUCAAAUGCCGUAUCUAACUAUUUUAGUCGAGUAAAAUAGGAAUUAAGUUCGGCACGCGUGAAAUUCGACGUUUGAACUGGGCUAAGGAUGUCUCAAACUUUAGGCUAACGGAAAAUUUCUCACUAGGCAAAAUUUGAUAUUUAAAGGACAGUCAGUAUAAAAUGCAGACUGCAGACUGUUGCAGACCAUUGUUUUCACCAUGCAACUGAAAACAAGACAGAAAUAGUCCCAUUGUUUUCUAACCCUGAAAACAAUGGUCUCCAGUUAGUCUGCAGUCUGCAUUUUUUACUCUCCAUUUGACAAAGAUGUUGAGAAUAUAAUGCAAAUUUGAAUGAGUAAUUUCUACUCUGCACACAAACGCGUCACACAAACACCAGAAAACAAAAUUAAUAUUCAUCAUGCUCGCCUGAAAUUUACAAUGCAGCCAGGGCGAGUUGUUGAACAUCAAGAAUCAGUCCACAAGUCUGUUUUUAUUCGUUGCUCACACUAGACUAAUUAUUUGACUUUUUGCCUGAGAGCGGUCCUUCACUCAAGAAGCUUAAAAUAACGGAUUAAACAUUUUUGACUUAACAACCUUUUUUACUUAGCUUAAAACAAAGUGAUACGUAUCUUGACUUUAAAGCCUCGUUUUCAUAUGUCGGAAAAAUCACUGAUGAUCAGGGAUUUUACUUUUUGCCGACCGUAACAGAUUUUGCCGAUAUAUGAGAUAAAUGCCAGAAGUCUGUCCCAGAUUCUCCCGAUAUUGAAUUUGGCGGGAAAUGGAAAGUGCGCCAAAAUUGAAACUUGUACACAAAUGUAUGAUAGGGAGACUGGAGCCCAACAAUUUAGGGAGUGUCUACAUGAGAAAACUCGCACCGGCGCGAGUUUCUUACUGGGAUGACUUUUUGAUCUCGUUUCACGUUUGCAUGAUGUCUGGGUCAUUUCAUAUCUCGUUAUGUGAAGGUACACUUCAUGUUAAUAAAAUACAUGUGUGAUUCAAAAUCGGAUACCUGACGCAUGCGCUACCCGUUCCAGUCUACGGGCAGACUGAUUUCACACCGAAACGUGUGGUCGUUUCGCGUUUACGUGAUACCGUUGAGAGCUUUCGUACCAGAGUGAGAUUCUCGCCCCGGUACAGCAACAGGGGUGAACUCACGCUGGCACGGCAUUUUGUGGUGGUAUCAUGUAAACAAAUGUAGAGCCAUAUCCAUCGCCGACGUCCCCGACGGUACAAAUUUGAGUUUUAAUUUGUUGGGAAUGAUCGCCGACCAUCGCAGAAAUCUGGGACGCGUUGAGAAAAUAGAAACGGUCCCGAUUAUCCAGAUUUGUCCCCGUCUAUCCCAGACGAUCGGAGAUAUCUACGAUUUCGAGUUUUCAUUAGUCAGCACAGAAAUCUGGGACAGUCGGGAAAGAGUAAAAUCCCCGAUCGUCUGGGAUUUUCCCGACAUAAGAAAACCAGGCUUAAUAGACCCUGUCACGGUUUUCGACGCCAUCUUGACGAGUAGACAAACUUGUGAGAAAUUACAUUGUUUGUAGCAUCUUUGUAUGAGAGUCUAAUGUCGAAUAAUUUCCGUAAAACGGGUUUUCUAAAAAAAAAGUGGUUCUAGGUCUUCUAGCGCAUGUAACGCCUUCAAUUUUUUUAAGUAGAAUCCUCUGGAGUGAAGUUUUAGUUCACAAUUCAUGUGUUUUUCAGAACAACCGUUCUACGGAAGUUAUUCGACAUUAGAUUCUCAUACAAACACUGUAAUUUCUCACGCGUUUGCCUAGGUCCAUUACUGAACUUAGAUGAAACUAACCUUUCCUGGAAAGAACAUGGCGUUGAGCAUUGGCUCGGUUUAGGCAAAGAACAUUUGGGUAUUCUUAAACCUUUAAAACUUUUAAAGUUUAAAACCCGUUUAAACAUUUUUUGCUGAUAGUUUCUGCUCUCUUUAUAGUUGGCCCCGGUUGUUCAAAAGGUGGAUAGCGCUAUCCAUCUGAUAAAUCACUUUCCAGCGAAUAAGUAUUGGGAAAACCAAUUGCGCCAGUCCACUGGAUAUAGGUUCAUCCAGUGGAUAAUGUUAUCUGUCUUAUCCAUGCCACCUCUUAAUAAACUGGGGCUAGUUAGUGCAUGGGCUGGUAGUUAAUUGUCAUGAAAAUAUAGAUUAAUUUAUAGGUCUAUUUUCAUUAUUUAUUUAUUUUUAUCUAUUUUUUUUUCAUUUUGAAAAAUAAUUUGUCUUAUAAUUUGCCGGCGAUAUGAAAACUGAUACACAAUCAAUCAAUCAAUCAAUCAAUCAAUCAAUUCCUUUAUUUAGGUGACAAACUAGCAUAGCAGUAGAGGAACCACUAAAUGGGGACACUAUAAAUCAAAACAAGCACGUAUUGCAGUUAUUGAAAUAGAAUUUAUAAUUAUUUACAAUGGUAUCAGUAUUGACUAGAGGCCGAAGUAUAAAAUUAUACGAUUAUUACAAAAGCCAUUCUAACCCAAUUCUCAAAGGGUUACCCAACCUCUGCGUUCCAAGUUACUUUCAGGUGUCAGUAUUAAAGAGAUCAAGUGUAUAUGACUCUAUAGAAACGUUUUCCUGAAUGCAUGACAGGGAUUUUUAACGUUUUUGAACAUAUCCCAGCGGCAUAUGCAGAAGCCUCCACUGGACGAAAAAAUUAAUCUGCACAAAUUUUCUCUCGGCAGAUAAGUUGCAAAAUUGUGGCAAAGCUGACGAGUAAGGAUGGUGCAAGGGUGGUAAAUGCGAAAUUUAAUUCCCAACCCCAUGUUUUGGUAUGCAAAUGUGGGAUUUAACAUCUUUGCCCCACAUUUACUUCUUACUUUUUCCAUUUCAUUGACCAUGAACUAGAGCUAGGGACGAAGCAUCAGAAUUGUAUCCGAUGGUGUCAUUGGCAUAUAGCCUUAGUGCCAUAUUAGGGGCGCUGUAGUUCACGUCGGUUAUGUCUAUGUUAAAUAAUAAUGGGCCACGAAGAGAUCCCUGGGGGACACCUGCUUUGACCCAUUCCCAUUCAGAACAAAUACCCUCAAUCUCUACCCUUCGCGGCGACGUUCCUCUCAAAUACUCACGAAUUAAAUUGGUAGCAGUAGUUGAAAAACCGUGGGCUCUUAAUUUAGCCAACAAGAGAUUGUGCCUGACACUAAACGUAACGUAUUGAGAAACUCUUCCUCAUUUUCCCCUUUAGAUGUCAGCGGGUGUGCUAGUAACCCGUGCAAAAAUGGAGCAACCUGUGCCAACACUGUCGAAGGAUUUAAUUGCACUUGUACUAAAGGAUUUCAAGGAGAAAUCUGUGAUAAGGGUAGGAGUUAUAAUUGUGUCGCUGAUUAGUAAGCCGUAGUAAUUAGGUACAAAUGGCGAAGAUAUAUUCCUUUGAACUAGGUGAGGAAUCUGUGGUUCACACCGAUGAAAGGUACACAGGAGAUUACACUGCUCACCAAUUUUUUCCAGUUCUUGAGUAAUUUAAUACUCUUUGGCUCUUUUACCGCUCCUCACAAGCAAACAUCUCCUUGAUACUUUAGAAUUCACAAUGUUUUUGCUACCGCGUCAAACUACGAACUAGAAAAAAAAACAAAAAACAAAAUGAGCAAAAUCUAAAAAAAAUAAAAUUUUGUGACCGUCAAGUGCUACCAAGACAAAGAAAACAUAUUGUCUCAAUUAUAAGCAGCGGGAAAAGACACGACAAAGUCCAUGAACAAAAGGUUACAUAAUUUAAAUAUGCCAAAUGGGUGGAUGUUUAGGCCUUAAAAUUAGUGAGACGUUGACCAAGCAUUUGUGUAUAAUGAUAAAUGUCAAGAAUGAUAAAAAACGAGGGCCAACAAUAUGGAUGAUGUCAAAGCUAAGGGAGGUGGAGCAACAUUGACGACCACAAAAUGCUUCAGCCAAAUACGAUUAAUAAGCGCUCUUGAUAUAAUUUCCACUAUUUUAACAUUUCAGUUGUUGAUGAACAGCAUAUUGAUAUGUGCCAAGUACGAUUAAUAAGAGUUUAUGAUGAUGAUGAUGAUGAUGAAGAUGAUAAUUUUUCAUACAAACAACUAAAGUUUACUAUAUUUCCUUUUCUUAUAGUAAUCAAGCCAAGCCAAGUCUCCCCAUAUUCAUCUUCGUCGUUAGCUGCCCAGGACCCAACAACGCAUAUUUCAACAAUUCCAAAUGUCGACCAUUUGCCUGCUACUUCUUCACCAUUUCGUAAGCACACGGUCUCUUCUCCUCUUCAACCGUCUGCAUUCCCGCCAUCGUCUUCUGUUCAGAUUACAGCUGUUUCGGAUAACAGGCGACUUACGUUGUUUAAAACGUUUCAGGAUUUUUGGGUUUUUCUGCGACGUGAGUCAAACCGUUACUAGUAGCGUACACUGUGUUUGUCAAAUCAGUAAAGGCGGCAAUAAUGAGCAGAAGCUGCAAAAGUAAAUGUUAGCGAAAACGUACCGAUUCGUUUCAGUCACCCUUCCAUAUCUGUGUUUCUUCUGGAUUUGGAAGCUCUAUAGGAACAAUAUAAACUUACCAUGUUUCAGUAUAAAGAAGCUAAAAAAACUUAGAGCUAUAAAAGUAAAACUUACUGCUUUUCAAAAACACGCGACCGAACUCUGAAGCUCAAAAGCAACGAACCUAGAAACACAAAAUGGAUCGAAAUCCAUGAAUCGCAAAUCGCGAACCAUGACCUUUUGUUUCCUAAGAGAUCCGCUAAGAUGUGAAAGCGAGAAAGCGCCAAUUCUUCAGAUUUUGAUUGACAUCACAGGAAAACCCAAAAUCCAAACUUAAGACGUUUUUGACAUCGCAGGUCGCUUGUUAACCGAAGCUGUAACUGCAAAUAAAGUCUCGCUGGUUUAGUCACGUAAACCUGUUUUUAUGUUUUUCCAUAUCGCUCUUUUACUUUUAUAGAAACUGAUUUCGGCAAAUCUCAAGGGAUCAGUAUAUGUACUAAUCAAAUGGUGUCGAGUGAAAUAAGGGAACAAUUUCACGCGCGUUUUGUAAAAAUUAAAAUUCUAAUAAUUUCCCGAGCCUUUCGGCUAAUUUACCAUUUGAUUACCUAUUAAUAUCAUGGGCGACAAAUUACAGUAGCACCGAUGAUUUUUUUUACAUGUUUGUCUUGUUUAUCCUGGAUCGUAUCGAUCGACAAGCUCUACUCUCUCAAACGUUUAGAGCUUAAAUUUGGCUUAAGUUCGGAACUUUAAUUUCAGAAUUUUUCGACAAAAUACCUGUUAGAAUCUUUCUUGAUUCGCUCUUUCGUGUGUUCAGGUUUUCUAAAGCUCCUUUAAUGCCCUGUCAUCUUCAUUCAUGAAAUGGUAAACCUUCGUCGCCAUCUUGACCCUGAGACGUACGGAAGGUUGCCAUGGCAAUUUUGUAAUUUUAUAUUUGAAAUUACAAAUUAGUAUAGGUAAUAGCAUGAUUUGUAGUGAUAUUUUGCAUAAAUACCACAAGUGAUACUUCGAAAUUGAUAUACGUAAUUUCACAAGCCGUUAGGCGAGUGAAAUUUGAAACAAUUUUGAAAUAUCACAAGUGGUACUUGUUGAAAAAUUAAACGUGCAAAUUAUGCUAUUAUUUGUUUAUACCACUACCCACAAGAGGUUUGUAAUUUUCACAUGUGGGUAUUUCGAAUUAAGUUGAAAUACCACUGCUCUAAGCCAAUCAAAUUGCAGAAAUUUCUCAUGUAGUAGUAUAAACGCCGAGAUUUCGCGCCAAAAAUAAGGAGUAAUUCGACACCUAUGAUAUUAUAAAAUCUUUACCAUCAUUGGACAGCUCUUCUUUAAUCCAAUUAAUGCGGUUCCAAGGGAAGUACACUCGCCCCAUGAAAAUAAAGAGGGAAUGUCCCUGGCCAAAAAACAAAACAAAACAAAACCUACCGAACAAACGAAAUAAAUAGCCACCCAGCACAACAAUGGCGAAGACGAUGGCAUUAGAUUGAAGGAGGAGAUCUGUUUUCAAAAAUACGGCAAUUUCUGUUUCAGUAACAGCCGCGGCCAGUACGGACGUGAGUGCUGUUCUUGUUCACUUAACAUCUCCGUUCGUAACUGCGGGCAAUUCUUAGUUUACAAACUAAAACGCCUCCUCUGUGUAACUAACGUUACUGUGGCAACGGAUUGCCAAGUACUACACCAGGUGAAAAUAAUAAUUGUUAAUUUUACACGUGCGUUCUGAAAUGAAUGUCCACAGCAUGUACCUUCUUUGAAUUGUUUUCGUCCGUCUUCGCUUAGAUAACUUGGUAGAGCACGAUGAAAAAAAUUGGCUGCCGUACUCCAAAAUAGAGCGAAUGCAUAAGAUAAAAAAUAGAAUUGGCUCUCUUGUAGCAACAUGCCAUUUCUUAAGCAAUCUAACUAAUUUGGACUCAUAGAUAUUCCACUUUAAAUCACUGCCAAGUCCUAACUGAUUUCACACUGUUCACAGUUUCUAGGGUCUGACGGUUAACACAGAUAGGGUCAAAAUCUGGCUCGUUCAGUUGAGAUCCAGUUUUAUAGCCCGAACUUGCUGAAUAAAACCAUUUCUUCUUCAAUAUUUACAUUGACUCACUGCCAUUCCUGAAUAUUUUCAUCCUCAGAUGCGUUGGAAUGCCCUCUGCAAUGGAAGAAUGGGGUAUUAUGGUUUGCUACUAGAAGAGGACAAACGGAUAUCAAACCUUGUCCAGAGGGAGCUACAGGAAUGAGUUUUUAGCUCUAGGAAUGAGUUUUUAGAUCAUGAUAGCCAUGACAAACUAUCACUGUGAACUAAAAACCCAUGAAAACCCUGUGAAUUAAUUCAUAGUCAAUUCACGUGAUUUUCAAAGGAUUUUAAUGGUAUUUUCAUGGGAAAUGUUAUAAGAUUUUUCGUGGCAUGUCACCCUGGAAAAAGCAUGAAAAAAACAUUAAAAAAGCCAUUAAAAAACGCUUAAUCUUUCAGUUUUCAUGGGCCAUGAAAACCCUUAAGUUUUGGGCAAAUCCAUGAAAUACUCAUGAAAACACCAUGAAAAUUUUGGGUUGCUUUUCAUGGCCUUUUAAUGGCAUUGAAAAUGCCAUGAAUUGCAAGGAAGGAUUUUCAUGGUGUUGUAGUUCAUGGUCUUUUCAUGAGGCCACUGAAUUCAUGGCCCAUGAAAAACCCAUGGUUUUUCCAUUAAUGUUGAAAGAUUAAUUGGCCAUGCAAAAUAUUCAUGGCUUUUUUGUGGCUUUUGGAAGACCCAUGAAAAUCAAUAGUUCAAUGGCCUUCUACUAUUUUCAUGGCGUAAACAAAAUAUAGCAUGGACCAUGAAACUACAUUAAAAGUACUUGACUGUUAACCAUUCUUUUCUGGCCCCCAAAUCAAAUUAAUUCAAGCUCACUAAUGGAAAAUUAAUGAUGAAAACACUAACUAAAUGCGUUGGAACGUAUACUGAACUUCAACAAGCAAUGUACAUGUAUCUUUGAUUGAUAUUGACUUUAUUCCACCCUUUCCAUGGCAUUAAAUAGACAACAAUAUUUUUUCCGGUAUCAUUUCAUAUUCAGACUUGCCAUCACAUGAAAAAGUUAAUAUUAAAAAUAUAUGGCUGUUUUUACUGAACAAGUUAUAUUCAACUUUAGAAUCUAAUAAUUUCCAAAAUCUUCAAAAUCUGCAAUAUUGCCAAAUAAGGAUUUUAAUAUUUUAAAAAUUCCUUAUAACCUCUUCCGAGAACAAUUCAAUUAAAUAUUUUUGCUUUCUUUCUACCUGGCAACUGUAUAAAUCUGAUAUCAGACAUAAAUCAUCAUCUAUUAAUUUCAAAAUUUUGAUCAUAAAUAAUUUCAUUUUGUCAUACAAAAUAUGUGGAAAAAGUUUUAAGAAAAUUUGAGUAGAUAAGCAACGUUUAUCACUGCAAUAUCUUUACAACUGGAACAUUUUUGAUAAUAAAAUUCUUAUAUACACUUGAAGAAGCCUUGCCUAAUUCCAGCAUAUAAUUUACUAAGAAUCAUUACAUUAAUCACGGCUGGCUGUGAUCAUGAUGAAAUAUAAAACUUUCUUUCUUUCAGUGGGUAAUAAUAAUUGUCUCAAAUUGUUAUACACAAAAACAGACACGUCAUAAAAAGGAGUACUCAGACUUAAAGUGAAAAUUUUCAUUUCCAUGGUAUCUUAAUGGCUCAUAAAAAAUUGAAAUAAUCCCCCACCACUUUCAUGGGGGUAAGUCGGGGGGGGGGGAGGAAGGAAGAGACGAGGUCUGGGAUUGAGAAACGAUGUUCUCACAACUUGCAAGGCGGUCACGAGGCGUGGUGGUCAGCGGAUAAUUACAGUAUCUUUCCCACAGUAAAUAUUUUUAGAAGAAACAAGCGAACCGGCAGAGGAAACCAGAAAUGCUCAAAAAAUUGAAAAAAAUCAUAUCAUACAUCUUUGUUUUUCUUGCACAUCGUAUUUGUCUUUCGGUACUGAAAUGCGGGGGAAACCAAAACGCAACCGUGUUAGAUCUUAACAACAACGUGCUCGAUAGAUUUAUAUAUAUAGAUAUAUAUAGGUUACAUCGUUUUUGCCGGGCAAGGAUAACUUGAUGCUGAUACAAAUUACUGGAGCAAGUGUCAAAUUUAUCGGAAGCACGUAUAUUCAAGAGAGCUUUAUAAAUAUGAGCUUAGGGCCUGUUUACAUGGAGUGGGGGACCCUGGUCUAGUGGGGUUGGUUUCUUUUGUUUUCACGCUCUGGAGGACACCAAACAAAAGAAACCUACCCCACUAGACCGGGGUCCCCCACUCCAUGUAAACAGGGUCUUACCGCUCUACAUAUCAUAACUGAGUAAAAGUUAACACUUCAUCACAUUUCACUUCGUUUAUUUCGAUCAGUCAACACCUUGAAUCCAAAGUUAAAAUUCAAAAUGAUCCUAAUAAACAAAUCACAACUACUACUGAAAGUUCUGUACCUUGAAGCGACUUUAACUUUCCUAAGGUUUGCAGCAAAACACUGCUCGAUAGCUCAACUCUUCAGCGGUUCUUAGCAGCUAUACGGAGCUGUGUUGCAUAUUCCAAACUCUGCAGAGGGAAAUUGUUUAACAGAAAAAGAAAACCACACACUAUGUCUGAAAAGUGACAUAAAAUCAAUAAAUUUGCGAAUUACCAAAAUAUAAUAGUGAGAAACAGUCCCGCCUUCGACCGCCAUGUUUUUUGGUUCUUCUCUAGACCGUUGAUCUAUGGUUUUUGACGUAAUGCGCAUGAUCAGUACACAAAUCCGCUGGCAAGACCCUGCUGAUCGCUUUGCAAGUUGUGAGAACAUCUUUUGGAUUUCAUUUAAGAGAAUGCAUGGGAAGUAGCCCCCCCCCCCCCUUCGGGGUAAGUGAAACAACACUAGUAACAUGAAAUUGACUUAAAAUCACAUGACACUGAUCUAUAUGAGCAAAAACCACAUGAAUGAAAUCUAGACAGAGCUGUCAUUAAGAGCUGAGGGCCGGGGACUGGGCGGGCUAGUUGUAUAGGAAAAUAGAAGAAAAAUAGAACCAAAAGAAAUCCCUAGCUGUUUGAUUUACCCGGCAAUGUGAAAUGGUAGUGACAUCCCUACUGCCUACAUGUUAAGACAACACAUAAAUAUUGUGCAUUAAGUAGCCUCUAGCUUCAGUCAUGAUUAAAAAGACAUAUAAAACAUACCCUGUUAGGGGAAUCUCUAGACAUUGUUCGUUUAUAAUCCAAAUGACAAGAUCAGCUGCAAUAUUCUCCCUUUUCAAAUUUACUUUACUCAGCAUACACAUCAUCAUGUACAUUUAACAUUUGGAUUUCAAUUUUUUUGUUGGAAAUAUUUUUAAAAUUGUAAUAAUUAUGAUAUUACAUGACAUAGUGGCCAGUUCUUUCCAAUUUCUGCUUAUUAAGGUUUACCAAGUAUGGUGAGGGUAAAAGGCGGAACGAGUUUGUGGAAUGGCAUGUUGCAUGGUUUGCAGAAUGACAUAAUUAUGCGGAAUGUAAAAUAUGGAAAAAGGCGCAAAGAAAUAAAUUAAACUGAAAAACAUGCGCGCAACUUUGCUGCGCCUUUUUCUGGCGCCAAUUUGAGGGAGCAACAUUUUUGCUGGUCCAUUUAUAACUGCUGGCUUAAACCAACGAGGCAAAGCAGAAAGUAGCGAUAAGCUUGACUGCAUUCAUGUCUGUGUAAUAAUAUUUAAUACUUAAUUUAUUUUUGUUGCUUUCGACAAUACUUUCUCUCUCUCUGCCCACCAUUAUAAUAAAGUCAAAUGUAAAAACGCUAGAGGGAAAAAAACGCUUGUUGAACGUGAAGUCGGGCUAGCUACAAUUCUAGGAAUCAUCAAUUAAUACGGUGAACGGAUCAGAUCAUUUUUGAGACUAAAUGAACGCCCCGAGUCAAACGUAAUCCAGAAAUGGAGUGAAGCGAACUGCUCUCUGUCUCCUUUCGGCCUUUCCACGUGUCUUCGCACCUUCCUUAUUUGUGUGAGUGUGUGCGUUUGAUCGUGAAAAAAUGCUAAAGCUGUAGGAUGGGGAAAAAAAAGAAAAAAAGACACACACUCAAUUGCCAGGAUUCGGACUCGCCCUUCUCCGCGAGCUGUUAGCUUCGCGUGCCGGAAACUUAACCAAGCAGCUUAAGAAACAAAAUACAUGUGCAAUAUCUUUUUCAUUGCUGAAUAUUAUGUCACAAUCAGGUAACCCACCGUUUGAAAAAGAAACACUUCUCACGCGGUUGCAAAUAAAAAUAUAGGUAAAAAGAAACUGUAAAGUUAAUUGUGCAAACAUUUUUGCAGAACAAUUUAAAGUAGAAGAGAGCGUGACCUUCCAAAACACUUUUUCUUCAAUUAUGGCCGACUUUCGUGCUGUAGUAUCGGUGCUGCCAUGCAGCCCGACUAAUAAAGGCGAGAAGAAUCGUUGUGGCUAUGCGGAAAAGGCUAAUCGACAAUGAGCCUUUGUGGCUUAUUGAUUGUAAUCGUAUGUCAAUAUUAACGUUUGCGGAUUGAUUGGCGCCAAAAAAGGCGCACUUUUCAGUUUAGUUUAUUUCUUUGGGUCAUUCCGCAAAUAUUCCAUUCCACAUAAUUAUAUCAUUCCACAAGCCAUGCCCCAUGCCAUUCCGCAAACUCAUUCCGCCUUUUACCCUCACCGUACCAAGUAACAGAAAAGCAAUUUAGCACUCAAUUUUCGUGAAAAGACAAAGUAAAUAAACAUCUUCGAAUAAUACAAUAAUUUACAUGUAUAUAUAUAAAAAAGCUAAAUGACUGUUUCUUUCAAAGUCGCCGAACAGCCUUGUGAACUGAAGGUCCACGCAUCAGCCUUAAAGUGCUAGUGCUCUGUUUUUUUUUGUUUUGUUUUGUUUUGUUUUUUUUUUUUUUACCUUAAUUGCAGCCAUGUACCAUACAAUUAUUAUGAAUCGAAGUUCAAAUACACAAAUCUUCAGGCUGCAUUUUAAUUUUGUAUGUAAAUUCAACUUUCAAGUCAUUAUAACUGGAAACUAUGCUUCUAACUUGUAGCAGACAUUGCAUGCAUGCAUAUAAGAAACUUAUCCUAUGUCUUCUCCUAUUUUAUUUAACAUUGGUCUUGACAAGUCUGCCAUAAUCUGCAGCUCCAGAACAUACAAUUUUCAGAGUAUUCCCUUGACGAUUUGCAACAAACAGUACAGUUAUUUCUGCAGUAAACAAAUUAAGGAAUCAGUCAAUGGCAUAUCUGUGCAUUAAUAUAUAUCAGUGAAGUUUAAGCUUAAUUGCGCAUGGUUAUUAGAAAACAUACCUUUCUGCCAUAAUCCAGCUGAGUUAACGGACUUGGAAACAUACUCGCCAUUGAUCACCUUGUCUCGAAAAUAAAGUGGAUCUUACGAAACUACUCUGUCGCUUGUGAAGUCCGCGUGAAUUUGAACUAUUCAACGGAAGUUCAUUUCACGCUUGUCUAUUGGUUCAAAAGCCGCUCGUGACAAAGUAAAUCAAAUCGCAAAUGUGCGAAAGUCACAUGGAAGCCUGGGAACAACAAACAUGGCGGCUAAUCGAGAACGUGCUUCGGUGUUUGGGUGAAAAGAGCGGUUAUUUUAAGCGUUGAUUCAAAUAUUCCAUCGUAUUUGAAGAGUUAAAUGCAAGAGGUAAACUUAGCAUUGUUUUUUAAGUUGUGGAAGAAAAUGCCGGACUACAUUAUAAAUCAAAGUUGCGACGAAAACCGUGUUGUGGACGCUGUUCGUGUUGGACAAGCUCAAAGGUACGGAAAAUUGAUUGAACUAAAGACACCUUGAACACACCAAGACUACGCCAUUGCUUAGACAUGAAAUCUAAGUACAACUCUGGCAUGAUAGAAUGAGAAGGACUUAAACCAUUUACAUAGCUUUUUUAUCAAUAUAAACACUCUGUACAUCUAACAAUAAUUAUGCAACGGUGUCGUCUGGUGUCAAAUUUAGGAACAAUUGUUUUCAUGUUCAAGUGUGAUGUUAUAAUGUUGAGGUUGCAUCAUCGUAUUUUACUAGACACCAUCAAGGCAAUUUUUAAGAUUAGAACUUCAAAGACAGUUUAAUUGAGCCCAGAGAGUUUUGUUAAGGUGAUCACUGGUCUAUUACAGACACUGGUACUGACUUUAUUCUAGUCAAUGCCUGUAAUCAAGAGGCUUCGUUGGUCUGUAAAGCUCAUAUAUGACUGCUUUUGUAGAUUUUUUGUUAGUUAUAUGUGGGAACUGACAAUGUGUCAUUCUUUGUGAAAAAAUAGCAGUUGUAUUAAACCAUUAAAAGCAAAGAGUGUCCUUCAUGGUACAACAUGGCCAAAGAUUCUGAGGUUUAAUGUUGCAGUCGCUUUAUGUUAUACAGUACUUUUACACAUUUCGGGGUGUGAUUCUACCCAGGGAACUGAUUUCUUAGAAUUUUCAUGGCCCAUGAAAUCAAUUCAUAUGGUUUCAUGGUCCAAUAUGGCACAUAUUUAAUGGUAUAUUCAUGACCCAUGAAAUCGAAAUUAUCAUUUCUCAUUUUUCACGACCCCUGAAAUCUCUGAGUGUAAUUUUCAUGGCCCAUGGAAUCUAAAACACACCAACUUUUCAUGGCUCAUGAACCCUGGUGCCAGAUAUUUCAUGGCAAUUUCAUGAGCCAUGAAAACCAUUAUCAACUUUUCAGAGGAAAUUCAUGCCCUUAAAAAUGCUUUCCUGGGUUUUUAAAGACAUUUUCAUGGGAUUUUCAUAACAUUGCAGUUCAUAGUGUAUAUAUCCGCAUGAAAAAAAGAACAAAAAUAUACCUAAAUAAAUUUAAAAUGCCCAGAGUUUUACCAUGGUAUAAAAAUAACAAAUAACCCAGUCAAACAAGACGUACCUAUAAAGCAAGACAUGUUUUCAAUGCUAGAUAAUAUUUCCCAAUUACAUGCAUUAAUUCGCUUUGAUCGGGUUAUCAGUUGUGGAUUGUGACAUAUUUCCACGUGCACGGAGGUACAUAUACUUUCAUAUUCUUUAAUCAGCACCUACCGGCUGCUUGAAUGCGUAAGGCUAAGCUAGGCCUAAAGUCGAACUUUUCAUGAGACGAACUUAAUUCUAAUUUGGGCCCGACCUAAAUUAGAUUAAGAUCAUCUGCUGGGUCAGACGUCGAACUUAGGACGCACCGAAACAAACAACUGAAUCAGACCAAAAAGUAAUUUUAUUAAAUUUUCUCUCCAACGAGCUGAGGCUAAAUAUACCUUAUCAAACAAUUUUUUAACCUUCGGAAGUACAAGGUGGGGGGGGGGAUGCCCCCCUCCCCCCGAGGUUUUUCUGAGUUUUUCCCUAGAGGAUAAAACAUCAGUACCUGACGUUUUUACUAGCUUUUUUUUUUUCAUCCCUUGCGCACUUUUUGAGACAAGUUCAGUGAUGGCUAGUUGCUAUGAUUACGAGAUAUGACGUCAUAAGUAGCAGGUGGUCAAGUCAUUUUUGGGUUAAAAUACAUUUUUUUUUUCAACUUCUUUUAACAAUAAAAGUAAAUCUUGUAGCUAAAAUCACGCAAAGUGUUUAUUUAUGUGUUAUUUUGCAUGUAAAGCCCAAAUUAUACUAUUCCUCGCAGUUUUAACCUGAUUUCUAAUUCUUGAUAACAUCCAAUAUGGCGACCAUUGUUGGUGAGGUCCCACGACCUCCAGCAGCGCCACCACCCAUAAAAUAUAACUCAUCUUGUUAAGAAGAUCAAAGCCUUUCCACUAAAGGUAACAUGUCAGAAACUCCGGGGAGGGGUUCCAUCCACCCCCGGCCCCUUGUUCAACGGUGCAUGUAUGUCCGAGGGUUAUUUUAUCAGUUUAGUUCAUCGCAUGUGAAGAUCGACAUUUGUCGUGUUGGACGAUCCCUACUAAUUCAGACGAACGUAACUGGGCCAGACCUCGAACUUUCAUGAACUUAACUCACUAAGUUCGGCAACUCUCAUGAAACGUUUGAUGUUUGGCCUAGUCCUAAGUCAAACGUUUUUCAGGUACAGCAUAGCUAUUUGCAAUUUGCCUGUCGUUUACAAUGUUUUGAGCUCGGGGGUAUGUUUCAUAAACAAGUAAAUAAGAUGAACUGGGUAUAGAAAAAUGAAACGUAAUAUUAUUGCCAGCUUAUCUUCUAAACAGAACAAUUGAACAUUAUCAUCAAUCCCCAGUCGAUGCAAGUUUGCUAUUUACACAUUUCUUUCUUUGUAGGCUCUUCGUCGCGAACGUGUUCUAAGGCAGGAAAUUGGAGAAAACCGAACUUUACAGGCUGCGCUUCUCCUGAGUUUCUCAAGCUCGCUAACAUGGUAUAUUGUUAUCUUAUUUGAGAACAGGAGACCUUCAAAAAUUAACAAUUAGAAUCAACAAUUAGUCCUCUCAGGCGACGUGAAUAUCGGCGAAUAGUCACUGAGACGAGGUAGAGGUGACUAUUUGCAGAUAUUCACGUCGCCUGAGGCGACUAAUUGUUUUAGUAUAAUUACAUUCAUGAUUAUUAGAGAAAAUAAAAUUAUUGAUCAAUUUCCGACUCCGAAAUAUCAAUAAAUCUGGCUGCCAUUUUAAAAACUGCUAGCCUUCAAUGUUAUAAUCACCGCGCGAUGAUUAUAGCGGGAUAAAGCAAAGCUCCUAGCCAAUCAUAGCGCCCUAUUUUCGAUAAUCAUCAAUGUAAUUAUACUAAUAGAAAAGAAAGAAUUUUCCAUUUCAAAUUGAUAAAAGAAACAAGAACAAAAACAAAAGAAAAAAAAAACAGUUCUGAGUUUACAAGGAAAUAAGUACAGGUAAUACCGACGAGUCAAUCUUUGUCGGCCUGUUUAAUUUUGUCCUAAUAUGUUUUCGUUCGUGUCUCUGUAACACAGUGUUGUUAAUAAUGGUUAUUUGCGCUAUUUACAUUGAAGCUUGACGGUAGGCCAUUUGCACGAGGCAUUGCUUGCUUAGUGCAAAUUAGGGUUUUUGUUAUCAAAAACCUUGCUGGGAUUACCAAAUUACAAUGAGGAAAAAAAAAAAGCGAGAUGAAUUCUGGUCUUACUGGUAAAAAGACGUCAUCUUACAAAUGGCCUAAAGUAUUAAAUUCACAAAUCUAGUGUUAGAUAUGGCACCAGUACAAUGGCUUAUAAGAAUUCGUCCACACGAAUCUUAAUUUUUUUGAAACCACAUUUUUUUCUCUUUUCUUUACCGUUUCUUUUCUUUAUUUCUUUAUUUCUUUCUUUAUUUAUCUUUCAUUUUACACGAGGACCUUCCGUCCACACAAAACUGAGUGAACCCACUUGUUGAAACUGCAUCUUUUUUAAUCGAAACUGUACUCUCCAGAAUGUUUUGUUUUGUUUUAUUUUAUUUUGUCUUUUGUUUCUUUUUUGGAUCCGUCAGAUUUGCAAAUUCGUGUAGGCGAUUACAACCGGAUAUUUUCAAAUUUAUUUAAUUAUGCCGUUUUAUCCUGUCUUGGCUUGUAGGGACGAGGCCUUAAAAGAAAGACUUCUUUAACCUGAACUUAAUUCUAAACUGCCCUUUUCAUUUAGACGCACGCAAUUAUGGGUGGCCUUCAUUCAGACCUCAAUGUUGGACAAGUGCUUUCAAAACUCUUUAGUGUUACACAGCCAAGAAGUAACAGCGCUAGCUCCUCAAGACCGGCACAGAUCUAUGGGGGAGACUUGAUUAUAGCAACGGAUAUACUUUUUCAAAUAGCUGAAUAUAAUGAUAGAUUUGGUAACGUUAGUUCGAAAGAAGCUUUCCAAAACUACGUAAAAAUGGCCAGUAAUUUAUUGGAACCAGUAAACAGAAGAACUUGGAUAGAUCUUGAUAAAGUAAGUCUGUUGACCUGGCAUUAUGUUGCAUGGUAACAUUGCCAUUUCUUGUUUACAAGACUAGCUUCUUUAAGAUAUUUCUCUUCAGCUCAUGUCAAGACAUCAGAUAUCAAAACGUGACUGAAGAUUCGGAGAUGCAGCAGAAUUCUUAAACUGACUAGCUACUGCUCAUUACCUACAAAACUUCCCCGUACACGUGUCCUUAUAUCAUUGUGGCGCCUACGCUUAUUUCCAAUAAACACUGCUUCUCUGCACCGAUCAGCUAGCGAGAUUUAGGUGCGUGUGUGCGCGCAAUUUGAAUAUUACAACCUGUGAUCAGAAGUUCCUUUGGAACAAAAAAGAAGAAGAAGACUGAGCCACCUCACCACGACCUUUCCUAUGCAUGUUAAGUUUUAUUUGUUCUUUAUAGUUGAUGUGUUUGUAAGUUAUAACCUAUUCCUCUCUCUUUACGUUCUUGGCUUACUAAUAUCUUGCUAGUAACUGUGCCCAUUUUUGUAGGUAGCUCUCUUUAAAACGUUUUACUAUAUAAAAGGGUAUGGGAUUAAAUAGAGCCGAAAUCAUUUGUGGAACCUGCCGAUAGACAGUUAAGACAUUUAGAUAUUUGCCUCCCUCAUCUGCAGGUGCUCAAAUAAGGCGUGCACAGAUUCUUAAUGCAAGUGGGAGUGCAAAACUUGGUUGGUAAGCGACGAGGGAAGCGCCCUUUUGAGUUCUCGCGCUUGCGCUCAGUCGACAUCCAAUAACGCCCCAUCGAAGUUCUGCGGAAAAGUCUACAUAAUAAAUUGUAGAGCUCAAAAGGACGUCGGACACCUCUUAAACCCUUGUCCUUAAAGAAAACCUUAAUGUUAAAGUUUUAAGUUUUAAGGAAAAGAGAAGAAACACCAACUUAAAAGACAGCAAAGAGCCUUGAACACUGUCAGAUACUCAUGGGCUCCUGACACGGUUUACUACAUUAAAUUUACUAAUAGCCACUGCGCUAAGGCGGUGCAGUCGGUGUCAACAGCCAUAUAAUCGGCACAAGAGCAGUAAUUUUUUUUAUAGUUUUUCUGAUUGUAAAACACAAUCGAAACUCUAAUUUAUAUCUUUUCCUACCAACUGGGCUUCCGUUUUUAUUGACCUUAUCAUAUUCUUAUUGGGUUUCCAAAACAUUAAUUUCAAGGUAACCAUAACUAUCACUAUACAUAGUUGCAAAACAUAAUCGCAGCUCUAUGUUUUGCGCUUUGUUUUCGUUCGUAGUAAUGAAUUUCUACUUACGGUAGUCAGCUUUUCUUCAUAAAACGAUAUAACAAAUGGUACGUUGUCUAAAGCACAGGAGUGUUCUACCUCCUUUUGAGGUAUAGUAUAUAGGACAGGAUUUUCACAGCAACAACAAUUAUUAAACUCGUUUGAAUUCUCCACAGGCUGGUCAAAACAAGGGUCAAAUGAUGGUUAAGACGAUGGAUGCAUAUGGACUGGGAGUCGCGGCCACACUUAACGCAUCGACGAAAAUGGUUUUUCAAUCCAGAAAUUUGAUGAUGACGAUUGAUUACGUUGAUCAAAACAGCACGGUACAAACAACUCAACUUGUACUCUAUCAGUACAAUGCUAUUAGAGCCCCUUCCAUGGGCCGGUUACCGGGACAAAGCAAUAUUUCCUUGGGAUCACAUGAGAAACUUCAGCCUGGUUUCUGAGACGAAAAAAAAGGCCGAAGACCCGGGCGACGAGCUCUAGCGCGAAAUUCGAGAAACAAAGCAAACAUGGCGAAACAGAAAGUCAAAACUUUUGCGCCUAUCAUAGCUUUGGCAACUCUUCUAGAUGUAUCACUGCAGUCAAAUGGGAUGCUUAUAAUGUUGAAAAUACAGCAGGCAAAGCAAGACGAUACCAUCCGGGCCGCUAAAUUCAUCCCGUCUUCAUCUAGACUAGGCUGAAUUGUUCAUAUGGCAACCCGCUUACCGAGGCCUGACGGUUACCGAGCCAGCCAGCCUUUUCCUAUGAGAUCCCGGAAACUGGGCCAACCCGGUCAACCCGGCGGGCUGAUGUGUGAAGAGGCCCUUAAUAAACUAGAAAUGCGUGUCUUGCAAACCCUGGCGAAACUCAGGGAACCAUUCAAGUUAUAGCCUGUUCCAGGCGUUCAGAUAGUGGGGAGCGGUGCGAAGUAAAAAGGAGCGCGAUAAACUAAAAGCGAGGGAGGAGGAGAGGUGAGAGAGGGAACGGCUGUAAGACUUGUCUUAAAUAGACUCUUCCGCCCACUCAGACCGCAUCAGCUAUAGAUGGUCUUCACUUGUCAAUCAUGACUGGUGUUACAACCCCAUACAUUUAUUACUUUUCUUGCGAAUAAAUCAAAAUUUCUCAGAUCAAAAAUUAAUAUUAUGUGUACAUAAUCUUACUAAAAACCUAAUGUAAGACUUUCAGACAACAGACAGCGGGAGAAGUGUUCAUGUACAAUGAAUUUUUGUACGGCCUUAAAACAUGAUUUCAGCGUGUACAUGACAAAAAAUUAUGAAUCAAGCGACAAACAAAUAUCGCUAAUUUCGAAAGAAAGCCGUUAACUCAAGCAAUGAAAGUGCACAACAAUUGAAGGGAAAAUUUACUAUUCGAUGAUUGAGUGAACCUCGUCAAUUGCGAUGAUCGCAACUAGCUUUCCAACCUUUUCUUUCUUGAAGUCCUUUUGUCCAUUCCUUAGACAACCACGAUUUGGGACUUCAGUAUACAAUUUCACAGCUUCCCCUUUUAACUCCGAUUUUGUUCAAAUAUUCCACUUGGUCUUUCAUGAUGGCAAUCAACAGAGUUACCACAACAAUCGUAAAUGGCAUUCUAUCCUGCCUUCAUUCCAACUUACUCUUUAUUCGAGGAAAAAGUUGGAAAAUAAGACUUUUUCCAAAGCCAGUCGGUAAAAUUUCAAAGACAUCUAUCCUCCCGACUAGGUGUUUUAAACAGUUUCUUUGCUCUUCGUGUUUAGCCUCCACGUUUGGGAAGUCACUUAGCGCUGUGGUUGUUGCGAGUUCGAAUUCUGCGUGACGGGAUGUACAGUCUCUCAUCACCGCGAAAGCGCGUUUCUCUCUGUGAUGGAACACGCUCCACUGUUGACAAAAACUGUCAAAAUCAACCAAUCAGAGGGUAUACCAGGAUCUGGUAUACCGGAACGCACUUUUGUCAAAAAUUCUUACAAGAACUCAUGCACCUCUCUCCCCAAUCCCCCUGUACUUUUCAUCGCUUUCUUUACUUCGCAUCGCUCUCCACUAUCUGAACGCUUGGAACAGGCUAUUCAAGUUAACGCCUGCCGGGCGGGGUAAUGGAAACUGGCUUAUGUUGAGAGACUAGCUAGAGACCUGUUUGGAAAGUCCCGGUAACUUUUCAGGCCAGCAGGAAAGCUAUUUUGUUUUGCUGUGUUUCAUUCAAGAUCAAAGUCUCAAUAAUUUUAAAAAUACUGCAAUGAAACUAUCAGUUAACGAAGCAAAACUGACAUUUUGUGUGUUUGGAACUGUGCUACUAUUCAACUGAUUUUGAUUUGAGAAAUUUGCCUUCGGGCCAGAAAAGUUUCCGGGUGUUUCGAGAAACGGGCCCCAGCCGUGAAUAUCCUUCUAUUUAUUUUUUUGGUUUCAUUGCCUUCGUUGAAUCAUUAAUGGUCAGUUGCUAUGGUUACGAGAUAUGACGUCAUAAGUAUCAGGACGUCAAGCCAAUUUUUCGUGAAAAUACAUGUUUUUUCAUUUUUUUUCAACAAUAAUGGUAAAUCUUGUGACUAAAAUCCUGCAAAGUGUUUAUUUAUGUGUUAUUUUUCAUGUAAAGCACAAAGAAUUACUAUUCCUCCCGGUUUUAACCUGAUUUCAAAUUCUUGGUAAAAUCCAAGAUGGCGGCCAAGAUGGCGACCCUUCCACUAAAGGUAAAAUCGUUUCAAAAUACUGUAACAUAUCAAAAACUCCGGGGACGGGUUACAUCCACCCCCCGCCCCCCUUUUACCACGCUGGGGGUAUGAAUUUUCGUGUACGUCCGAGGGUUAAUAUGAAGCUACAAUAGGUUAGAGUUGAUUAGUAGGUUCUUUACUCUCUAGAAUAGGUAUUCAUUCUUUUUGAUUGCAUCUGACAUGUAUUUGUCAAAACCAAACAUAAAAUAGACGAAAUGUUGACAGACAUUUUAGAAUGGACACAAACUUUGCCAAGGAAAAGUAGUAACGACAGGUCAGGGAAUUGACCUAUAAGAAAAACGGAGGGUUCUAAAAUUUCUUGAUAUUGCAGGGAACCCGCUUAAAUUAGAGCUUUGCUGUGUGUUUGAGUGUCUAUAAUGUGAGAGGUUACGCUCAUUUUCUCUCUUUCAGCUGCGCAAAGAUGGUUUGCAAGUUGCAUACAAUCAAAGCUCCAUCUUCUCACCUCCACAAGUGUUUCAUUCCUCUCAAGAUUCCAAAGUUGUUACCUUGGUUUAUUUGACAUUGGGCGGUGUGUUAUCACUCAAGAAAAGAACUGGUGGCAAGAUGUUUCCCAGAAGUACCAUCGUUUCUUCCACCGUUGAGCCCAGGCCCCUGGACGACUUAAAGAACCCUGUUAAGAUUAUCCUUCAAAACAGAAAGGUAUAAAGACAGUUUUGGUCACAAAGUUUUAUUUAAAUACGGUCAUUUGGUCGUCGAUCGUCGACGGCUGCAUAGUACAUGUAUUUCCUUAAAAGGUCAUUUUUUUAGCGUUGGUCCUAAUUCUCAAAGCCAGACGUUGAAUAGUUGGCGUAGUUUGGGGUAUUCUGAUUGACAAAUGACACAUGCAUGGUGAUGUGCGCCAUACGCACCGGCGCUGGAAAUUUCAGGAACUCUACCAUAUGGCUACAAGAUUUAGAGGUUGCUGCAGUGGAUUUUUGCAAUUUCCAAAAUAAAAUGAUCGGCACUGUUUCAGUCUCAAUUAUAUUUCGACUGUCUUCACAUGACUACAGAGAACAGGCCCCAGUUGUUCGAAGGCCGAUUAGCGCUAACCGAGGGUUAAAUUUUAACCUUGGUUUCUUUUUCUUUUGUUCAAAAGCGCUUUCCCGGAUAAUUUUCUUUAUUCUUUUAAGAGCAACAAAUCAUCAAAUUGUAGGCAAAAAGAAUAAAACUGAAUUUGCCUUUUAAGCUUUCAUAUCUGAAUUCAAAUGUCGUUCUAACCCGGGUUAUCUUAACCCUGCUUUGAACAACCCGGCCCAGGAAAUUAAAUCGAAAGGGGGAAAGAAAGGCUUCAUUCAUAACCAUUUCACUUUCUUAUCUAAUGUUAGAACUGAGCCUGAGCGUUAUAAAUGAAGUACUUUCAGCAACACCGUGGUUAACAUAUUUGAAGUUCAUCUGUGUCUCUUUUCAAGGUGCUUCCACGUGCCCUCACGUCAAAGGAGACGCAUUGUGUCUUUUGGCGCCCAAAAGAACCGCCUGCCAUGUGGAAAACCAGCGGCUGCCAACUUGUCCGCAGCCAGUCAAACGCCUCGAUCACAACAUGUGAAUGUGACCACCUAACUGUCUUUGCAGCUCUUAUGGAUCCAUACGGUUUAAAUGUAGGUACUACAUAUUUGUGAUAGAAAGAACAGUCAAUUUGGAUUUUCUCUACUUGCUUUGAAUGCGGACGUUUCCUGGUCCUUUUUAAUUAUUACAUUUCCCUUUGAAUUAGAUCGCGUAGAUUCCUACUGACACUGUUUACCUUCGCACAUGUCUUUUAAGGAGCUAUGCCAAGAUUUCUUGGCUUUAUUACGAAAAAAAAAUGUUGAAAUCAAAGACAAUCAAUAAAUAAUUGUUUAGUUCUUAAACUUAUUCUACUACUGAACUUCAAUAUAUAAGUACAUGUCUUUGGCUUUCCAUGGCCAGGAUGGAGAACGACUGGUGCGGUAACUUGACAUAAUUUGGCUGACGUUUUAGGUUAAACUUCGGUGUUUUCGAAAAAUUACCAAAAACAUAUUAUCAGGUUCCACUUCGGCAGAAUCAUUAUUUGAUAUUCAGUCUUUUAGGCUGUCCCAAGUAUGAGCAAAGAUGCCAGAGAAAACUUAGUUAUAAUCUCAAUGCAGCUUUGAUAAUGAAUGUGGAACUCGCUAUGACUUAGGGCCUGUUUACAUGGAGGUGGGGGACCCCAGGUAGGAGAGGUAACCCGCUUAAGUGGGGUAAGAAAUAUCCGUCCAUUACAUGCAAUCUACCCCGCCAUCCCGGGUUGCACUUUCUCAAGAUUAUUGAAUGGUCGCUGAGUACGUAAACAAGAAAAAUGCCGGCAAACCACGUGCUUUGGCGAUUAAUGCUCGUCUACACUCAAAUGUUGCUCUUGCUGCCACCUUCAUUGCUGUGGCUUUAAUAAUGAUGCAAAGCCACCGUCAAAGUGAAUUUUGUGCGAAUUUGAAUCCAACCCCGGCUAGUGGGGUUACCCCACCUUGAACGUUUACAUGGCAAAAUUUAACCCCGGCUGAGAGGGUUACCCGGUCUGGCAGACCGGGCUACCCGCCUUGGUGGGUCACCCCACCUAUCAUGUAAACGUGAUCAAAUUAAAAUGAGAGAUCAUAAUUAUGGACAUGUGGGUACCCCGCCUAAGCGGUUUACCCCACCUACCUGGGAUCCCCCACCUUCACGUAAACAGGCCCUUAAGCCCUUUUAUCCGCCACGUUUCAUUCCAGCUGUCUUAGUCUGAUUUUUGCCACGUUUCUUGUCUAUAAAAUACUCCCCAUUCUUAGCUUGAAUUGUUGCCUAACCCAAAGACCGAAGAGUGCUUUGUAUCUCGAUGAGUAAACUUCGUAUCAUAACUAACAUUUUAAUAUUCACUGCUUUGAUCUUUCUGCUACAUGCAUGCUGUAGUGAAGCCUACGUUUUGUCUUGUCUUUGACUAUCAAAACAUUGCAAUUAACGGAAAUAGCGUUUUCGGGUCAAGUAAGUAUACCGUGGUCGAUUCUAACCAACUAUCUUACCUUUUUUUAAGACGACAUUACCUCACAAGAAAGCCUUGGAAAUCAUAUCGAUAAUUGGCUGUUCCAUCUCACUGUUUUCUGUUCUUCUUACCAUGGCUGUUACUUUGGUCUUCUGGAGGGAAAUUAAAUGUUCGAGAGUAAAAGUUUUGCUAAACUUAUGCGCUGCCAUUGCCUGUAGUUGUAUACUUGCUAUAUUGGAAGGCUCAGCAAGAAACAAAGAGGUAUGUAAAAUUUUUCAAAUUAGAAGACAAUAUCGUGAUAGACUCCACACUAUAGGACACUUGCACUGCGAUGAUGUCGUUUUUCUACAACUUCCAAAAUUCUUCAGUUUGUUGUUUUCUUCUUGAAGAAAUUCAUCAGGCUAGUGAAGUUAAACAGUCGACAAUGUUAAUUAUGUUUUUCAAGUUUUGAUAAAGAUGGCUGACAGUCAUCGAAACUGUCAGCAGCAAUAAGACGUUAAGACUGGCUAUGUUCGUUGUUUUCUUGUGUAGAUUAGAGGGCUAUUGAUUUAUUAAACGUCAGUGAGACUGACAAAUUUACUAAUAAGAAAGCAAAAACUGAAAUAAAUUCUGAUAGCUGAAGUCAAAUGUCGCCUAUAGUGUCCCCACCAAGAGCGGGCUCUUGGUCGCCACUGAUAAAUUGCCCAUCUGAAUAUUUAAAGAAAUAUUCGAGUCAGCGAAGUAAGCCUCUGUCGGUCGUUCACGUAUCAGAAAAUAGCUAUACGCCGCUUGCACAUCUCCCAUAAUGCAAAAUUCACCCCCCCCCUUUCCGCCACCACCCCUCGGAUUUUUGCAUAAGCAUUGUUUUCAAUUUGUUUUUGGGACGGCUGUGAUACCCAAAAUGCAAAAUUUGGGGGAGCAAGUGAGGUGCAUUGUGGGAGGUACAAGUGGCGUAUUAAAUAUAUAAGUUAAAAUGAUUUAUAGUCUUCUGUAUUAUCUUAACUUGUAGCCCGAGUGCACUGUGGUCGCUGCCCUACUGCACUAUUUUUUGCUCGCCCUAUUUUCAUGGAUGCUGUGUGAAGGCAUACUGCAUUACAUUGCUAUCGUACGAGUUCUUCAUGGACACGCUGAGGAUAAAGUCAAGUUCUUUUACUUGUUCGGAUGGGGUAGGUAGACUCUCUAAGAUUUUCCUGUUGGAAGAAACGAGUAUAUAAUACUGUGUAAGGCUGUUAUUAUCCCUGUAAAACAGGACUAGACUGGACUCUUCGCGUUCAUUUGAAAUAUAUAAGUCUGUUAAAUAAAUAAAUAAUAAAAUGAAAAAAGAUACCUGGCCUACCAGGAAGGAGAUUUUAGGUCAGUCCUGCUAAGGGAGGAAAAAUUACGACUACAAAACGCCGUUGUGACUAAAUUACCAACAGACUUAAGGUGGCUCCGUAAUUAAUACGAAACCAUUUAGCUGUGACAAAUUUUCCGUCAUAACUUUUUCGUUUUUACGCGAUCCCUGCGAAACUUUGCAAAGAACAACAGAAGUCAUUUGGUAAUAAUGUGAAAUUUUCCGAUUUUAUUGAUGGUCAAUAUUUCUUGAGAAAUUAGCGCUUAAAAGUACCCUACUGUUCAAAGAAAAUCGCGUCUAGCAAAAAAUUUUCCUGAUAUUAUUAACUGAAAUUUCUGGUAUCGGCUUUUAUUGAUAUAAUAAAUAUGCCAAAGAAAUUUCAGAAAAAUCGUUGGAGCAGAAGUCCAUAACUAAAAGUCGCUCAAAAUUCAGCUCUAAAAUUGUUUUAGAUUUCAAAAAUAAAUUACUAUCAGGUAGAAGGAGCCACCAGUUCGAAUUUUCGGGACAAGUAAAUUCAAUAUUUGCCAAUUCUGAAAAAAAAAAGCCGAUUGCCCAUCGUGCUAUUCUUUAAAAUUAACUUUUUAGUUUUAGAAGCACUAUGAAUUGCUCCAAACCUUGCUCUGAAGUCGAAUGACGUCUUCCUCGACAUUUUUAUAACAUCACAAGGCAGUUUUGGUUCAAACUACUGCUACAUACAUUUUGACGUAUCGCAAUGCAUCCUCAACGGCUUAUCCUACUGUACGUUGCUUCCAAUUCAGGAAAAAGGUAUUCGGAUUGUAAGCUACCUUCUAUCGAAGCUCAGAUAGGACUGUCCAGCACUUUUGUUUAUGAUCAGAAAAUGAGCACGAGCGGCAGCUCUGCGAGGAAUUCGCACCUCAGCCAGGGGGGACGAAUGGCAAUGAUGCCCAUGUCUGCGAACUGAACUGUAUAAACAUGUAUUGCAGAGCAAAACAAAAUAAUCAAGAAAAAAAACUACCCAUUCAUUGAAGGAAGGAGUGACAAAAAUUUCAGAGUUGUAAAUUUAUUGACGGGGAGUAUUUUUGCGAUAAUUUUAUUUUGCACUGUGGUAUGUAAUUCGGUUCACAGGCAUGGGCAUCAUUGUCGUUUGUCCCCCCUGGGUGAGGUGCGAAUUCUUUGCAGAACUGCCACUCUAGCUCAUUUGUAGUCAUAAACAAAGGUGCUGGACAGUUCUAUCUGAGCUCUGAUAAGAGGUAGCGUCCAAUCUAGCUCAAUACCUCUUUCCUGAGUUGGAAGCAACAAACGGCAGUAAAAGUCGAUGAAAAUGCAUUGCAGUACAUCAAAAUGUAUGUAGCAGGAGUUUGAGCCAAAACUGCCAAGGGAUACAACAAAACAAGUCAUUCUACUUCAGAGCAAGGAUUGGAGCAAUUUAUAGUUCUUCCAAAACUAAAAAGUACCCUUUAAAGAAUAGCACAUCUUUUCGUCAUCGUUUUUCAGCAAAAGAAAAAUAAAAACGCUGCUAAGUAAGGAAAAUCUUGCGAAUGUUGAGAAUACAAAGUUCCUCACGUUCAGCUCAAUUUGAUUUAGUGUAAACGUGGUCACGUGCACCUUUUGAUCGAUACUGUCGGCUAUAAAGCGUUUUCCCUCACAUGGUCAGUAUCUAUGUAAAUUUAUUGGAACAAAAGAAAGCGUUUGCACAAGAAAAGAGUUCAACUCCUACAGGAUUGGUUUGAGACACCAACAAGGUCGCCGUUUCAUUGUUUUGGGACACCAAUAUGACCGCCGUGACGUCACGUGAAAACACUCUAUAUCACAUAAACCUGACUAAGAAUCUAGUUUAAAUUCCAUCACUUCAGGGUUUCUUGUAAGAAAGCUUAGUAGGUAACAUGAUUGUUGCGUCUUUUCUGCGUCUAUACAUGAAAAUAUAAACAAAAACAAAAAUAAAUAAAUAAAUAAAUAACGAAAACAGCCGAAAAAAGGCACCAAUAAAAGAACAAAGAAAACAAACCAAGGGGAAAAAAACACACACACAGAAUAGCGGCAUGAUGCUGUUAAGAUGUUAUUAUGCGUGUCAUAUUGGUGUCUAAUUACCGUAAAAUUCCAAUAAUAAGUCCGGAGGGUUAUAUUUUUCAGAGGCCCAUUUUGAGGGGUUUAUAUUCAGAGCGGCUUAUGUAGGGAGGGAAAUUCGCGUUUCCAAAUCGAUUGGACUAGCCUCAUACUUGAAAGGAAGUUUACCAUUUUUCUUUGUUUUACUUUGUAUUUAAAGGCAAUUUCCAAACUUCCAAGUACAAGCCCCCCCCCCCCGCCCCCACCCCUUGGAGGGGCGAUUUAACGUUAAGAGUUUGAGAGGCUUCUAUUUGGAGUGGCUUAUACAUGGAGGGGCUAAUUUUCGAAAUUUUACGGCAUGUUUUAAAAUUUCUAGGUUUUCCAGCCAUAAUGGUUAUAAUUUCGCUGUCUGUCACCCAGCUGAAAAGAUAUGGUCACAAAGAAGCUUGCUGGUUGAAUGCUGAUGAGGGAUUGAUUUGGGCCUUUAUUGUCCCAGCUCUAGGUGUUAUUCUGGUCAGUAAAAAACACAUUGAACGUGUCUAGUCUUAUCAUGCCUAACCCAGGCGCGGAUCUAGGAUAAGUACUGACUGAUUUCCUGAACGAGCACCGAACUCGCAAGUUUAUCCGGGGGUAGGCUCCCCAAGGAAAUGUUUUGGAUUUUUUAAAAAUCCUUUAAGUCCCCUUUCCUGGGUUUCCGAUUCAUUCAGACGGGAUAUUGGCCAGAUUUCAACUUGGAAAGUGUUUUUUUUAUUUUUGUUAUAAAAAAUAUAUUUAUUUUGAAAAAUCUGACCGAUUUCCUGUGGAAACCCGUGUGGAUCCGCGCCUGUACCCUUAUGGUAGAUUAAGCCUUUUCAACCAUUUGAACCGACUGUUGUUUGAAGAUGAAAAAUACUCUAUCUGGGCAAGUGUGUUUUGAAGUCUCUCUUCCUCAACGCACUAUCAAUAAGCAAAUCGUUGUUUAAGUUGGAGGCAGUCAGCUACUGAAGCUACACCUAAUUUCCCUUCUAUUUCUCCUUUAAAAUAUUUCAGAAAAGCCUAGAUUAUAAAGAUUAUAAAGUUAUCUGUCAUAGGCUCUUCAAGAUAAUAAAUAUUUUGGGCCUGCCGGAAGCAACUGAUGCCGGGUCAUUCUAAAGGCUUACAAACCAAAAAAUUCAGUGAGAUGUACGGGAAUAGACAUUGCAAAACUGGAGAAAACAUGGAAUUCAUUCCGAAAGUCUAAAACUUGUUAUUGACUAGUCGAAAUGUCAAUGAAAAUAGUUUGUGUUGGUAAAACAUGUCUUCCAAUAAAUUGCAUUCCGUAAAUAAUGGUAAAGUUUUGUUGCUGAAAGUACAUUUAGGAUGAUUAAAACAGUUUCCAGUCGCCUGUUGCUUCGUCGGGAUGGCAACAGCCUUAGAAAACAGUCUACAUUUCGAGACGCCACCACUGGUUUCCCUGCGAAAUGACGUAGAGACGAGUGCAGAAAUUCCAUACUGAUGACGCGUCACUACCCAGAUCUGGUUAGUACUUCUGAUUGGUCGUGCCGCGUGGAAAAUUUUCUUCGGCUAGCCAUAUGCACUUACCAGAUCUGGGCAGUGACGCGUCAUCAGUAUGGAAUUUCUGUGCUCGUUUCUCAGACGUCAGUUCGCGGGGAAAAAAGUGGUGGCGUCGCGAAAUGUUAGUUGUUUUGUCAGGUUGGGAUGGCAAUCAAACUUAAAGAUUUUGAAAAAAUCACUAAAAAUAUAUUAUGGUUAGUGAUCCCCGAUCGGAUUACAUUUGUCUGAUGUCGUCUUCAUAACUCUACAGUAGCAUCUUGUGUAUGAUGGAAACGCCAUUAAGUAAUGCCAAGUAAAAAAUGGACCUGAAACAAAAUUCUCGCCACAUUUUCCACCUUGAAGCUCAAAGAGUAACGUGGUUCGAGGUUACUUGCCAAAAUUGUUGCAACUUUUACAGGUUAAUAUGGUAGUAUUCAUUUUGGUUAUGCGCCAAAUGAUGGGGCAAAAUACAUGCAAUUUCUGUGACUUUUACAGGUUAAUAUCGUGGUUUUUAUUUUGGUUAUGCGCCAAAUGAUGGGAACAAAAUAUAUGCAGAACAAGACACAGGUGGAAAAAGUGAGAACUGGAGUCAAGGCCUCUGGGGUCAUUCUUCCAUUGCUUGGAAUCACUUGGCUGUUUGGGUUGUUGAGUUUCAAUUCGGAUACCAUUAUCUUCAAGUAUAUAUUCACCAUAUUCAACUCUCUUCAGGGCCUGAUGAUCUUCAUAUUUCAUUGCAUUCUUAACAAACAGGUAAUACAAGUUUGCUUGUUUGUUUGUUUGUUUUUUAUUAUUUGCAUUUCUUUGUGUUUUAUUUACAGUUUUUCUUUUUCCGUCUUGACAUUUAUGUGCUAAAUUUAUUCAGUUUAAUUAACACUUUUUGUUACGAUAAUAAACUCCAACGUGACACCAUGAUCCGGUAACUUAAGUCGAGGCCAUUCUAAGUUUCCUCUCCUGAUCAUUUGUGGUCGACAAUGGAGAUCAGUUGCGGUCGAAGAUCACUUGCAGUCCAUUUUGAGGAUCAUUUUCGGUCUGGGAAUCAUUUACGGUCGGGGAUCAGUUGCAGUACAGUGUACUGUACACUCGACAAAUUUUCAUACGGCGGGAGCUAAAACACAGGCAUUGAGAUUUGCUUAGUGAGACGGAAGCAUUCCAUCAAGUGAGACAUCGAACUUCCGGUUGCUGUUCUUGUCAGCGUUCUCCAUCGUUAACCGUUGCUGGCCCGCAUUAUCCGUGUUCCAUUAUCUGUGUUCCAUUAGUAGUCAAUGAUUCCUUUAGUAGUAGUAAUUUUCCUGAUAAAGUAAAGCCCUGUUUUUAAGAAGGUUCAAAAUUUGACAAAGACAAUUAUAGACCAAUUUCUGUUCUUUCCAACUUUAGUAAAUUAUUUGAGAAAGCUGUAUCGUCGCCUGUAUAGAUAUUUGGAAGAAUUAAUAAUUCUCUAUCCAUUCCAGCCUGUUUUCAGAGAAAAAUGUUUGCCUUCCGAUGCUCUUAUUUCUAUCACCGAAUCUAUUCGGCAGUCCAUUGAUAAUAAUGAAUUUGGCUGUGGAAUAUUUGUCGAUUUGAAAAAAGCAUUUGAUACUGUCAAUCAUGCAAUUUUUUUUAACUAAGCUUACCCAUUAGGGAUUAAGAGGUGCUGUAUAUAAAUGGUUUAAUUCAUAUUUAUCCCAAAGAGAACAGUUUGUAAGUGUAAAUGGCCAUAAUUCUUUCUCUUUACCUGUGUCUUGUGGUUUCCACAAGGAUCUAUUCCAGGACCUCUUUUAUUCUUAUUAUAUGUCAAUGACUUGCCUUAAUACGUAUAGUUUGUUAAAAUUUCAUUUAUUUGCUUAUGAUACUAACCUCUUUUUUUCUAGAAAGAGCCUUGGUCUCCUUGAAUCAGCCUUAAAUCAGGAACUUAGAUACAUUGCCGAAUGGAUGAAAGUUAAUAGAUUAGGACUCAAUGUCUCUAAAACUAAUUUUAUCCUUUUUCAUUCUUGUAAGCUUAAGCUUAAUCAGUCAUUUUCUGUUAAAAUUGAUAUCUAUCUUUCCCUUUCAACCGGUAUUGAAUAACUGACUUAAACUGAGCUAAAUUUUAUCACUUGACCUCAACAGAUAAAAGACGCAUUUAGAAAGAGAAGAAAAAGAUGGGUCUCUGCACGUCAUGACAAGAGAACAUCCCUAAACCUAAAAAAUAAAUUUGAGUCUGCGGUUAUCCCAGGACAAUGUGAGUUAGGCACUGAAUGUAUUUCUUUCAUUAUUAUCGUUAUCGUUGGCCAUGCGCACGAAGUUGGUGACAACCUUUUUUGAAAAGGUCAACGCUACAUUAACUGCAUGUUACAUUUCCUUUAACUCGGAAACUUGAUUUUCUGCUCGAUUGCUGUGCAAUCAGUGUGCGAGCACAUACGUUAUGCAUAAAACUUUAAGUUCAUCGAAUACAAGUCGUAUAUUGUAUGAGCUCCACUUAUAAGGCGGAUUAGGAAAGGAAAAGAUAGUUUUUGAUUUUAUCAACCCUGUCUUAUGGGUGGGCUUUCGGGCCUAGUUAUAAAAGGGACGAUUAGCGAUAAUCUAGGUUAACAUGAGAACUGAUAUACUCCAUUUAGAUGCACUUAACCCAGAGUUAUGCAACAAACCAGGCUUCGAUCAACUCAGUCCUUGACGUAAAACACCCUUUGAGCAGGAUCACUGUCUUUUGCUAUCAUCGCUUGCAGCCAAACGGGUCAAUUAAGAUUGUGCAGAUGGUUCAAAAUGAUCGGAACCGGAAAUUGCGUGGUUGCUCUCCCAAGCUCCGGGCGCAUGAAAAUGUGAACAAAUGUCUUACGGCCUAAAGUCAGCUUGAUCAUGGCUCUUUGUAGAAAAAUGAAAACCGUUAUGUUGGUGGAUUUACUAGUAUGAGAAACAUAAUAUGGAACAUAUCUGCUCUAUUCUCUGUUUCAUUGGCCUUGAUGUAUAUUUAUUUUAUUAUUAUUAUCAUUGUUGUUGUUAUUAUUAUUAUUAUUAUUAUUAUUAUUAAUAUUAUUAUUAUUGUUAUUAUUAAUUUUUGCACACCGAUCAGGCUAACUCUGUUUCCUUGGAAUAAGAAACUGUCAUCGACUAUCCUAAGGGUGCGAAACAGGAAAACAAACUAUCAUCGCACUGUAAGGUCUCUUUUUUAAUUGUCUAUUGCAUUACGUUUUAUUUACUUGCGCUUUAAUUUUAGCAGCGAAAAACCUGUCAAAUCCGAUCAAGGAUGGGGUCGAUCAGCUUCCGGAGACACGAGGAAUUCAUUCUGACACCAUGAAGUUCAGCACUUUCAUAAGUCAAGAUGAUGUCGGCUGUGGUGUUGUCCAGGAUCUACCUUUGGAAGGCAACAUCAAUUAACGCUGACUGCAGAUGAUUAAUUUCAAAUUUAUGCCGGCAACCAUCAUCGUAUUUUGGUUCUUCGUAUACAAAGUUUGAUUCACUUUGUGAAAGAGAAGUUAAGUUUCAUACUGGAUUGGCGAAGUUUUUUAUUGAGCCCUAUAAUUUAAUUUUGAUAGAAUUGUCACAGGACUAAUCUCCCCGAUUUUAGAUAUAUUUGAAAAGUUAAUGAAAGUUUGAUAAAUAUCCGAUCAAUAGGCUUUUAAGGUUCUAGAACAUUCUAAGUAUUUACCCGCGUUUAAAAAUGAAACAUGAUAAAUAACCAAUUUGCUAAUUAGCUUAUUUAGUUUAAUAUAAGCAGUGUGCUUUUUGAGAGUGGGACAUCUUGUCUCUAAACUUGAUGUCCCUCGGAAAACACUUAUAUCCUUUAAAUGGACAUUUCGACCUUUUUAGUAAUUAAACUUAGGAAACUCGUUCAUUUUAUGUUAACACAAGUUUUUAAGAGUAGGAAGCGUUUAAUUGUUCUAAUUGCAACCUAAGGCAAACAUAUUAUCCACGCAAACAACUGAAUUUAGAGCCGCUGAGAAACGGGUUUUUUAGAGGGAGAGGGAGAGGGAGAGUGAGUAAACUACAGUAGAGCUAAAGGCUAAACCUUGAAGAUAAGUGGAAGAAAAGGAAGGAAGGAACGAAGAAUGUACAAGUUUGACUGUAAAGCAGAGAAUUUACGAGUAAGCAACCUAGUAAGUUGUGACCUAGUGAUUGUGGUGGAGUUGCUCUUGUCUCACCGUCCCUAUCAAUAAACGACAAGAAGUUUGUUUAUUACAAUUUAGAGUUAAAUGUAAACAGCACGAAGAUUACUUAAUAUUUUCAAGAUGUCUUACAAACAGCCUCUCUUGCACAGGUGCACAGCCGAGGGUUUUUAGACUUGAUAAAACAGAAAGUGCCAACCUUGGUUGAUUAACAUCCUGAAUAAAGGUUAUUUUCCGAAUAAUGUUAACUUUAAGGAAGGACCUGCCUCUGUACAGAACACACACACAUUGAGUUGAGUUUGAAGCAUAGUAGAGCAACACCUGUCGUGUAGGAAAAUUAGAUUAAAAAAAAAAAAAUCAUGAAUGGAAAUGACGUUUGUGUACAUUAAAUUCUGUAAUGAUUCAACCAAUGAGGCUAUGUCAACGAAAACAGACUUUAAAACGUCGGCCCGACUUUUUCAAGUCCUGUCGGACAUUUUGGAAGGCCGUUUUUAUCUGUUUAAAUCUCAGUCAUCGUUUGAUAGUUAACGAAGUUUUGUAUUAAUAAUUGUUCUAUGGUGAUUACACAGGAAUUUUUUUGAGUUAUUUUUAAAAUUGUUUGCUUUUGGCAUUUUUUUUACGUGGAUUUACAGUGUCUUCUUAUCAGCUGCCUUUGUACUGGCAGAGAACGACGGCAACUCCACAAUGAGUGAUGGACUGGAAUCUAAGAUGGAAUCUUCCUUAUAGUUCACAAAACCUUUAAGUUAUUUUAGAGGCUGCUGGCUCUGGAUUAUUUUUUUUGUGCUCAAAGUACGUGUCUGAACAAAUAAACUAACGAUUUGGCGGCAGCGGCUUUUUUAAGGUGGCUCGAUACAGUUUUUCAGGGUCAAUAUCUCCCAAGUUUGAGCAUAAACGGCAUCGUCAUAAACAAAUUUGGAAAAAUUGCCACCACUGACAAUUGUAUUAGAUAAAGAUGAAAAAUUGUUAUGAUCAGGAUUGCAAUAACAUCGGAUUUGUCAUAGCAACGAAAUGACGCCAUUACCUAUUUUACUUGCAGCAGUAUUUCUUGCCCCUGGAAACUAUUCUUCUAAAAUCGUUCGCGGGAGCUUUUUCCUCCAAUGGCCGCCUUGAUGUUCGUAAAGUUUAUGCCAAAUCUGUAAGAGCGUUAUCGAAAUAUUUUGGGAUGAAGUUUUUAUAGUUAGAAAUACGGUUAAAAAAAGGACAAUCUUGAUGUUCGGCUGUUAUUUAUAGAAAACGAAGCGCUACUGACAUGCAAUUUCACCUCUUAGUAGUUUAACUCUUUUUAAAAACGUGCAUGAAAGAUCAUGGAGAGCCCCAGUCGUUUGCUAGAAUAAAGGAUUUGAUUAGUAUGCAUCGAGGCGCUCUUGUAAACAUUUUGGUCUACUUAAACAAAUUAGCGAACAUUUUUUAAACCACUCGAUAGAUUUCUUUUUUUUUUUUUUACAAAUGAGAGCCUCUCGUUAUUCAGGGUAUUGUCUCCAAGUUUCAUAUUUUCGUGCACAACAAUAGCUAGCAUUUGGCGUAUUUUAAAUGCAAUGUUGGUUAAUGUUUUUCUUUUGAAAACAAAAUUUGCAGACAAUACCCUUGAAUAAUGAGAGGCUUUCACUUGUAAACACGAAACUUCCGAUAAAAACCUAGCGAAUUGUAGCCCUUAUUUCACUGCCUUACAAUAUAUCAAUAAUCUUGAGACUCAAAGGUCUCCUAAAAAGACACUUAAUCUCGAGAAUUAUUUGCCAAUUUGUCAAAGUAGACCAAAAUGUUUACAAAACCGCUAAGAAGAGCGCCUCAUUACAUACUACUAUAAUCAAAUCCUUCUUUCUUUCACACACGUUUUUAAAAAGAUUGAAAAUACUAUGGGGUAAAAUUGCAUGUCAAAAACGCUUUUAAUCAUUUUCUACAGAUAACGACCAAAUAUCACGUUUGCCCCUUUUUUUACUGUAUUUCUAACAAUAAAAACUUCACCCCAAUAUAUCUAGAUAACGCUCUUACAGAUUCCGCUUAGACUUUACGAACAUAGAGGCAGCUAUUGGAGGAAAAAGCCCCCGUGAACGAUUUUGGAAGAACAGUUCCGAGUCCCAGUGCCAAGAACUACUGCUGCAAGUAAAGUAGGUGAUCAUAACAAAUUUUCAUCUUUAUCUAAAACAACUGUGGUGGCAAUUUUCCAAAUCUGUGUUUAUGGUGACAUAGUAUUUUCUCAAACUUGGGAGGUAUUGACCCAGAAAAACUCUAUCGAGCUACCUUUAACGAUUACAACAGCAUGGCCGCGAGUUUCGUGACGAAACUAACCUUUUGGCGAAGGAAACGCUAUAGAAUCCGGCUAGAUUCCUUCUUGUAUUUAUCGUGAUUCACGGCAACGAUAAACACGACCGUUUGCUCGUUCAGCUUGUUCUCAACGUACUUAGAGAGGCACGAGUACGAGUUAGAUCCUGUGCAUAUCAUGUUUUUGAACUGUUUGUGUUCGAGCAUAUUUUUGGAAAAUAGCAGAGUUUCUAAAUUAUAAAGUCAGUACUGACAGACAAAUUCAUUGUAAUUGUGAAUGAUUUGAAAAGGUCUUGGUUUUUAUCUUUGGUCUAGAGUCUUUUGUAGGUCGUUUAUAAAAAUAUAACUUUGAUUUAUUUGGCUAACUAGUUCAAUACGUUGUUGUUGAGAUUUUGUCUGCGCUCUAUUUUUAUGAAUGGCAUGCGCUUUUACUUCAAAACUACAGGUAAAAUUAACAACAGCAUGACUGAAAAUGAUAAAAUUUGACUUUUCAAUAUUCAGUGAAAGCUUAUUGGCAGAUAGCCAUAUAUGUAGAUUAGCAAGUUCACUGUUAAUUUCACUUUCAAGAAUGUUAAUGUCCUUAUGCUUAGAGGAUAAAUUUGCAUCAUCUGCAAAAAGGUGAAAAUCCAGUAGUUCUGAGCAAUUGUGAAAAUCAUUAAUAUAAUUAAGAAAAGGAGAGGCCCAAGUACUGAUCCUUGAGGUACCCCAUAGCAGACAGUUUGUAUAUCAGAAUUUACAGAGCCAAGUGACACCGUUUGUAUUGUGUUUCUCAAAUAUGAGGUAAACUAGUUUUCAACAACACCUCUGAUACCAUAGAAUUCAAGCUUUGAAAGAAGAAUAUUCCACAAGAGUAAUUGCGAUCUUCAAUAGCUUUUUGCACCUGGUCGAUAAUACUGAGUACUGCAUGAUCAGUUGAAUGUUGUGAACGGAAACCAAAUUGUUUGUUAUAGAUUAGGCGCCUUUUUUCCAAGAAGUCUGGUAACCGAUUGAACAUGAGUUUUUCUAGCAACUUAUUAAAUACUGAUAAAAGAGAAAUAGGCCUAUAAUUACUAAGGUUUGUCUGAGAGCCCUUCUUAAAGACUUGUAUUACUCUUGCCAACUUGAAUUUAUCUGGGACAAUUCCAGUAAGAAAAGAUGUAUUCAAUAUUACCUGUAAGGGACCUUCUAAUUCAGACUUAAGGAUUUUUAGAAUUGAAAUAGGAAUACUAGAAGGCCCCACAGCUUUACCAGUUUGAAGUUUAGCUAUCUCUAAUUGAAUUUCAUCUGCAGUGACCUUGCACAGAAACAAACUACCGUGAAAUUUCGAAAAUAAGCCCCGGGGCUUAUAUUUUUCAAAGGCCCUUUUUGAGGGGCUUAUUUUUGGAGGGGCUUAUAUUCGGAGGGGCUUAUCUAUGGAGGGAAAUUUGCGUUUCAAAACCGAUUGGGCUAGCCUUAUAGUUGGAAGUGAAUUUACCGUUUUUGCUUUGUUUUACUUUGUAUUUGAGGGCAAUUUUCCAAGUACAAGUCCCCGGAAGACUUAUACUUGGAGGAGCUAUUUAACGGAGGGUUUUUUGCGUUACCGAUUUGGGGGGCUUGUAUUUGGAGGGGCUUGUACAUGGAGGGGCUUAUUUUCGGAAUUUUACGGUAUCACAUAUGGGAGGUGACAUAAACUCAUUACCAGUUUUUGAAGCACUGGGAAUGGAACUUGCAAGAUUAGCACCUAUGUUGGCAAAAUAAUUAUUGAAUUCAUUAGCUAUUGCUUUAGGAUCAGUUAGUCACAAUUUUUCAGGACUAUUUCGCUGAUCAAUUGAUUUACCUGUGGGUUAAUUUGAAUAAUUUGUUUAAUUCCAGGCCAGAUUCGUUUGCCAUUAUUUACGUGAAUUGAAAAGAAAUUAUUGUAAUAACUUCUUUUACUUAAUUUAAUUAAAUGAUUCAAUUUGUUCCUGUAAAAUUAAAAUCUAGCAUGGUAGUAGGUAGAUUUAGUCUUUAAGAAUUUCUUAAAUAAAACAUUCUUUAUUCUAAUAGAGGUCCUAAUUCCAGAGGUUAUCCAUGGUUUGGAUCUACUUUUUAAUCCUAGUCUAGAUAAUUGCUUGAUGGGUAUAUGUGUAUCAAUAACCUCAGAUAUUUUAUUAUAGAAACUAUCAAACAUACUACUUGGUUCGUAAACAUCUCGAAGUAAGACAUCCCAGUUUAUUGAUUGAAUGUCAGUAACUAGGGCUUGCUUAUCAAAGUUUGAAUAAUCGCGUUGAAAAACCUUCAUGUUUGCUGGUAGAGAGGAAAGUUUACUUCGAUAAGAAAAUUUGGUAGAUGGUCAGAUAAGUCAUAACAUAAAUUUCCACUGAUGGAGAAGUGCUCAAGAGAAUGAAAGAAAAUUGUCUUCACACUUUUAUUCUUGACGAAGAAAUUGAGGAACUUGAUCUAGCAUAACCAGAAAAGAAACGUCCCGUAAAUUCUAUCAAAAUAUCCCUCCAAACCCAUUUCCCUUGUAACGCCUCUGUAAAUUUCGGAGCCUUACACGUGACAAGAAAGUCACGGGUUAGCCUGCGUAGCAAGCGUUUCCGUUUGGUUUCGGAGCAAAGAAAGACUGAGGAAGGGGGUUUUCGGUUUUGGCCGCGCCCCUUCCCGUUCUUUUACUAGCGCAAUUUUUCGCGCGGUCUUUGACUCUCGUUCCCGGUUCUUUGCUCUGAAACCGCACGCAAACGCUUGCUGCGCAGGCUAGUCCAUCCUCGGAGACCCAGGGGCAGAUAGUUGAGGCGAGGGAAAGUCUAAUCGGGCGGAAAAAUAUGGCUCGAAGAAAAGUAAAGAACGGCGACAAGAGCCCCUGGGGACAAUGUCUUACCAGACCAGUUCCAAACGGUCGCCGCCGUUCUGCCUUCUGAUUGGGCAGAAAAACACAAAAGUUUUCUGGCACCAAUCAGAAGUCAGAACGGCGGCGGUGGUCUGGUAAGACAUUGUCCCCAGGGGCUCUUCUCGCCGUUCUUUACUUUUCUUCGUGGCAUAUUUUUCCGCCCGAUUAGACUUUCCCUCGCCCCAACUAUCUGCCCCUGGGUCUCCGAGGAUGAAGCUAGUCACACGGAAUUCAUUAGGAAAUUGAGUAAUUUUAGUUUUCAGUUGACAAAAACCUUGUACCAGAAUAUUUUAAGCCAUAUCGCUUUGUUUUUUACACUGUUCAAGGGUUAUAGUUGUAGUUACUUAUCUGCAAUAAAACCAAAGACAAUUUCUUUCGGGAGCUCAAGAAAAAAAAAUUUCAAAUUUCACAGAAAUUGAGAAAACACAGGUAAAAUCGACAUGCGUAAGACUUCAUUUUGUGAAAUUUGAGGCAUUUGAAGUUUAUUUUCUCGGACUCCAAUAAGAAUUUCUUCGCAGUUAUUUCAUACGUAUACAACUUAUUACAUCUGUAGCUCUUGAAAAGUGUGAAAAAGAAUUCAGUAUAUAAUAUGCUUGAAAUUAUUCCGGUACAAGGUUUGUCUACUGAAAAUAAAAACUUCUUAAUUUCCUAAUGGAUUUUGUCCUAAAAACAAUAGAGUUUUGUCAGUGGAAAAAAAAAAUUGCCUAACCUCAAUGCGCUUGCUCUCCAGCUGACACAUCUUCGGAGACCCAGGGGCGGUCAGUCGGGUCAGGAGAAAAGGCUGAACGAAAGUUUCAAGUGCGGGCGAAAGAGCCCCUGGGUACCGACUCUCACCGAACUAUUUCCAAAAAUUCAAGUGGAUGCCGGCUCCUGAUUGGGCACAAAAAAUGCUUUGUAUUAUUGUGCCCGAUCGGCGAACAGAUUCUCCUAAGUUCUUUUCCUGAGUUCGUAGACGACGGCUAUUGUCUCGCCACACUUGCCCGGUCCGUUCACCAAGCUUGUGCGUGCGAGGGAAACUUUUAUUUUCUACUUUCCUAACCAGAAACAAAGGAACUACCGAUGAGUCAAAAAAACGUUUGGAAUGCUAUCAGCAGGAGCAAUUUGCAUUUGGCCCGAAUAUUCUGUUUUUGACGGAUCACAAAGUAUCGUAAAUAACAGGAGAUAAUAGGAAGUUUAAGAUGCGACGGCGACGAGAAAGUCAAAUAAGCAAUAGCUUGACAAGGGAAAACAACAACUUUGCACGUGCAUCACGCUUUUUUGUACAUUUCUUUGCGGCCAACUGCACGACUACCCGUGAAAAUGCCUAAUUUCACGUUUUGUGGAGGACAUAAACAAGCAAUGACAAAAUUCACUGUCUUCAUGAACUUGGAUGUGGUUGAUAGAAAUUCAGCUCCAGAAGAGAUCGCUUGCAUUUGACAAAGUAAGCGAGUUGGAAUAAUCACGACUGGAGGAUAGAGACUGAAAAAAAAAAAAUAUGAAUUCACUUUUGCAUGCGACGUUUCCGUCGUGAUAUCUUUUCAAAAUUCUCUAUAAAUAUAUUGACGCAAGACGUGGCCGAUGCAAGCGUGAAUACCUGUUGUAAGCUGAAGCUUGUAUUUUUGGAAAAGUGCCUUUAGUUUUCGGACAGACAGUAUUUUGAAAUCAGGUGGGGAUUUAUAUCAAACUGAAAGUUUCCUGACUGCGUGCCUUUUCUUUGGUGCAUGACCCAGACAAGCCGUGAUCGAGACAAUAGCCGUCGUGUAUGAACACACGAAAAGAACUCAGGAGAAGCUGUUCGCCGAUUGGGCACAAUAAUACAAAGCAUUUUUUGUGCCCAAUCAGGAGCCGGCAUCCGCUUGAAUUUUUGGAAAUUGUUCGGUUAGAGUCGGUACCCAGGGGCUCUUUCGCCCGUACUUGAAAACUUUCGUCGCGCCUUUUCUCUCGACCCCACUGACUGCCCCUGGGUCUCCAAGGAUGCAGCUGACAUAGCCCCAUGGCAUAACCCAUAAGGUACAGCAGUGCUGAUGUUGUAUAGAAAAUAAGCAAUACUGGGUCCCAAUGAUAGGUAUAGGCAGCUGUUUUACGGUGCUACAAAGUGCUUGUUAGUUUCGUAUGUCAUUUUAAUGUUUGUAAAGCCAUUAUUUUAUGUUAUUUUAUUUUGUUUUUGUUUUUGUUUUGUUUUGUUUUUUUUUUUUUUAACGUUGUAUCACCCGGGUUGCAUUUUUUGUCAGUUAUAAAGGAUAUCGAAAAAACUAAUAUGUAAUGCUAUUAAACCAUUUUCCAAACGACAGGCCAAGAUCCUCGCGGUUUAUUAUUAUUAUUAUUAUUAUUAUUAUUAUUAUUAUUACUAUUAUUUAUUUUUUCCCAUCUUAUUAAAGUUGACCGUAAAUUCCGAAAAUAAGCCCCCACCCGAGGGGAUUAUAUAUUUUCAAAGGCACUUUUUGAAAGGCUUAUUGCUGCCGCCGUGAGUGAGCCUGAAGCGAGCGAACGAGGCAGCUCUCUAAUCAGCAAAACAUUACUUUAUUGGGGCAUUCAAUCAGUUUUUCUUACCAAACGCAAGGAAUUGUGGCUAUGCGCGACUCAAAGAUUUAGGAUGCGCAAUAGGACUCGCAAGGAAUUGUGGUUAACUGCGAAUGGAAGAUUUUGGAUGAGCAGUAGACUCGCAAGGAAUUGUGGCUAAGCUACCAUGUGCUUUCUUCUUAAACUGAUUUUCAACUGCAAUUUGCAUAAUUUGCAAUCUUGUUAAAGUAUAGAAACAAAAAUAUUAUUUGAAAACAAACAACUUUGCACGUGCUGCAUACUCUUGCAGUUGGCCGACACUUGUCGGCCGAAAACCGAAGGCUGAUUCAUGAUGAAUUCAUCAUAGUCGAUGCCAAGGCAGAAUGAAAAAAAAGUUCGAAACCUCUGUAUAUUUGGGUUGGUUUUUGGAAAACAGAACACGCUAAGACCAGCAAAAUAGCGUAGCACGUGGACAAAGAAAUAGCAUCACUGGAACAAGCAGCCGUUUAAUUUCUUUCAAGCAUAUUUUCACAAAAUGUAAUAUUUUAGAAGUCCGAUAUUUUGACUAUAGUGAUUAGGGUUAAGCAUUGAAAAUAUUAAGUUAAGCACUAACCAUACUGAUUAGGGUUAAGCCCUGAGAAUGGUAAUUAGGGUUAACGGUUAGCUUCUAUUUUGGGUUGGGGUUUACGCUAUAAUAGUUGAAUAAAAUCACCGACUUGCAGAGAAACCACGGUGGUCUAGUGGUUAGAGUAGUGGUAUCCAGACCCUAUGCUCCGUGAUCGAAUCCGGUCAUAUUCGACUGAAUUUUUCUCCUUUAAAAUUGAAGAGACUUACACUGUUGAUCAGAAACUAAGUCUCUCAGUCUAUUCUAAAUCGACGUAUGAUAGUCUGGUCUGGCUGCGAUUCUUCGAUUCGUCAAAAUUAUUAAAAAAAAAAAAAUAUAUAUCGGACUGCCGGUCACUUGGUGUUUUGAAAAUCUUGACCGGUUACCGGCCACAUAGCCGAAGCCUUUCAUAUUUUCGAAGCAAAUUUCCUUCUGUUCUAAGAGGGAAUCACACAAGCAGCAUUAGAACUACGAGCCCCAAAUUUAUGUAUCAUAUUUAUCAAAAAUUGAACAUAACUGCCCUCCAAAAUUGUUUAAAUUGGUGCUUGAUUUGUGACAUGGUUGGCCAAGUUAAUGUGGUGUUUUCAUUUUCGUUUCUCAAACCUGCAUUGUAGCGCAGAUCACAGUCGAGCAAAUUUCCUUAAAAUUUCCUAAAAUUUCCUGGCAGAUGAAAUAAACAGUCCUCUGGAGCAACCAAAUUGCCCACCCCUACCCUCUACAAUUUAUGUAUGAACUUCCGUCUUACUUGUGCGAGGCUUGAGGAUAGAAAUGAUCUCAGUCGAGAAAAAAAGUGGUAUAAAUCCGAAUAGUAUUAUAUUGCGAGAAUCAGCAAAAUUUAGGACUGUUACAUGUAUAUAAACUAAAUUAAAAGCCUUGCAAGUGAUUUUUUAAAUACAAAAUAAAGAAAAUGUUAAAAUGGCAAUGACAUCACCGUGUUGCCGUGGAUACGUUGAUCAAGAAUUUAAAAUUAUACUUCGCCCACUAAUAGAGACAGGUCGACCUCCUGCUUUGUUUUGCGAGCUUUUCUAUUUCGUGACCAUACGACAGUGGGUUUUGCUGGCUGGCUACUAUUUAAUAAUUUAUCUCUUUAUAUCUAUUUUUAAUUAAAGAAAUGAAUAGUCAAUGUGGGUAAUUUUUAGGCAAUAAUUUUAAAAUAUGACGUCAAUACGACUUUAUGCUACGUCAUUUUGACAAUCAAAUUAAACACAUUAGAUGUUAAAAAUAUACAGGACUUUAUCCCGUAGAUUUGGUUGGUUGCUAAAUAAAAACCCUUUUGUUUGAGCCAUCCAAGCGGCCGGACCUCAGACAGGUAUUAAAGCAGGACAAAAAUAGGAAUCACGAGACAGUUCCGCAACUGCUUUAAAUUUGCAAUGGCAAUAACUUGAAGUGAACUAUUCUUAGGCAAAACAAAUAAAGGCUUACAUGUCAGUAAUUGACACGCAAAUCCGUAAAGCAAAAGCGUUAAAGGUUCACACGUGACUUCCUCUAACAGUUGAACAAGCGGAUCACGUAAACUGAUGACAAUUUUCUUAAUCCAGACUGGCUAAGGUCCUCAUAUCACAGAUCAAUUUCGUUGUCGUUUAAACGACCGGUAAAACACAUAAUUUACCAAACUCAGACUUAUCCAGACCCAUUUGUCGAGGUAAUGUUAUAAAUAACCGUGUAUUAAAACUCAGGGGCACCCAGCGACUUUUUUCUGUAAAACUGUUUGAAGGAGCCGAAAAUAUAGAUGGUUUUCACAGUGACGUCAUCAAAUUGUAAAUAAGUCAAAAUAGCCAGGUUUUACAAAUUCUUAUUUACACUAGGUUGAAGAUAAACACAAAGUAAAUCUUUGUACAAGUUUCCAUUCCCGUAGCAUGUUUCAUUUCGAAAAUACAGCAUUUUGAACUUCCGAGUUUUCACAGUGCGUGACACCAGAACAGGAAUGCUGCCUCGUUGAAAAAGUCUCUCCUCUUGAUUUUUUGCAGUUUUACCAUUUCAAGUGUUAAAAGAUAUGUUUAUGCGUACGUAUGCUAGUUCUCAAGUGAAAAGAAAGAACUUUUAUAGAAAAAGUGGAUUCCCGAUGUUUUUGUUGAUUUCCGGCACGGCGGCCAUAUUGGUGCACCAAAACGGUACGCCGAUAUGGCGUCUCCAUACAAAGGUCUACAAAGGUGCGUGAAACGUUUCGGCAAAUACCUCAGAAACUUUGUGCCACAAAGACCUAGCUGAGACUUGGACAAAUUGUUUAUAUAUUAGUCUUUUAUGGCAUUUCGUUUUCUUGGCUUCCUCCACAGGAAGAUUUCCAUUGUUCGUUGUUGUUGUUGCGUAACAGUGAAAACGAUCUAUUGCCUAGACAUUUCUAAAGCUUGUGAAAAGCUAAAAAUUUCUGGAUAACCGUUCCAUUCGUCUGAAAUAUUCGGACAUUUUCUAAUAGCUUAACUCUCAUUGAGAAGGGAAGUGCUGCCGUGAGUUGCGAUGCGAAUAGGACAAAGACAGUAUGUAGAAUAGUUGAAGAAAUGAAUACGAUCAUCGUAUACAUGACGAGAAGAGUUGCGAACAAAUAACGUAAAGGCCAAGACUUGUUGCCACCGAGCCAUCCGAGCGAAGGCGGUCGGAUGACAAGGCGGCAGCAGAAUAGAGCCGCGCAAGACUGGGUUGCAAUGGGCAGAAAACCGGCGGGGAGGGAGGGGGGGUAGGCAGUACAUGGGGUGGGGAUUUGACUUUUUUCAAAAAUUUGCAAUCAAAUUCCCUGCCCACGGGCAAAUCAUUCCAGUCAAAUGCAACCAAAUUUCCC